AACCAAGAGUCCCGCUACCGGCUCACUCGUAAUUCGCAUUCGAACGACGUCUUGGUUAACAGAGUCUCGGGGUAACAACAAAAAAAAAAAACAAAAGCAAAUAAUAAUAAUAAUAAUAAUUGGUUUAUAAUGACUUGACUUCUGCCUAAUGAAGCCGUGGAAAGGGCAAUCCGAUGCGAAUUAAACGCAAACGAAAACGCGAUUAUCAAUUGCAAAUAUUAGUUUAAAAAAAUAUAUACGACUCGAUAGAGCAUUACCCGCGAUUAAUACGAAAAUCGCGAACAAGAGAGGAUCGUGUUGCAAAAAGUGAUUUUUUUUGUCAAAGUGCUAUAUAUAUAGUGUGUGUGUGUGUGCACAAUCAACAAUUUUAAUUUUUUCGUUUUGGUGAAAUAUAUUUUUGGAUUUUGUGAUUUUUCAACAUGAAACGACAACAGUCACAACAAUCGCAACAACAGUUGCAACAACAACAACAACAGCAGCAGCAACAAUCGACGAUGCAACAACAAUACACGCAACAGAGGACUGAAAGACAGGUCACCCGGCAACAUAUUACUAGUCAACAGAGAGUACAAGGGGAGGUAGUGAUGCAAACUUCGCCCACGAUACCAGCAUUUUCGGGCAGACCAGGUGAUCCAUCACCACCAGUUUUUCAACAGAUCUUUAAGAAUGCCAGGUUCGCGCAAGGUGGUAAUGCCGUAUUCGAAGGACGAGUUAGUGGUAAUCCGAAACCCUCUGUCUCCUGGACCCAUAAGGGAUCACCUCUUUUGGAAUCACAAAAAAUUCGGAUGACCUACGACAGUAAAACUGGAAUUGUAAAACUUCAGAUCAAUCAAAUUGGACCAGGAGACGAAGGAGAAUACACGUGUAAUGCAAAAAAUCAAUAUGGUGAAGCCAUUUGUUCCGUGCAUAUACAACCCGAAGGUUUUGGACCUCCACCCCAACAACAAUUGGGUGGAUAUAAAAAGGAAUACUCACAUUCCUUUCAAUCGACUGAACAAAAAUCUGGAGGCCAAAGCUUUCAGCAACGCAGCUAUCAGCAUUAUGUUGAUAAUCAGAAUUAUACCAAUGGAACAAAUAACAUCUCUAUUGAAGACUUCAAGGUUGACACCUUCGAAUAUAGAGUGAUGAGAGAAAAGGAAUUUAGAGAAUCAAUUACCCGACGUUAUGUGGGAGAAUCCGAUGUUCAAAUGUCACAGAUUGUUGAACGAAGUUUGGGUCCCGAAUCGAAUCCGCAAUUUACCCAAAAGCCAAGAAAUUCAAAACUUGCUGAAGGAUCUGAUGCCGUAUUCAUCGCUAAAAUAUCCGGAAAUCCAAAACCAAGGUUAACCUGGUUUAAAAAUGGACAAAGGAUCCGCGAUUCUCAGCGAAUUGAGACAAAUUAUUCCAAUCAACAAGCGACAUUGAAGAUUCGUUCAGCUUGCACUGAUGACACUGGACAUUAUUCUCUUCUAGCUGAAAAUCCCAAUGGUUGUGUUAUGAGUUCAGCAUAUCUUGCCAUUGAAUCAAGUGAUCAAGUCGAUCAGGCAUACCUUCCAAGUCAACAGUCAAGAGAAGUUGUUCGACAGACAUCACAAGUUGAAACAUUCACAACAACUCAAGAUUCAAAUGAAUCAGGAAAAGUUCUUGCACCAAAUUUCAUUCGUACUUGCGCUGAUCGUGAUGUGACUGAAGGUAAAAUGACACGAUUCGAAUCACGAGUUACUGGUCGUCCAUAUCCCGAAGUCACAUGGUACAUCAAUGGUUAUCCAGUUAAUAAUGAUGCAACACACAAAAUAUUGGUCAAUGAAUCGGGCAAUAAUUCUCUAAUGAUAACAAAUGUCAGCAGAUCUGAUUCUGGUAUUGUAACUUGCGUUGCAAAAAAUAAAGCUGGUGAAACAUCAUUCCAGUGUAAUCUUAAUGUCAUUGAAAAGGAACAAGUGGUUGCGCCUAAAUUUGUUGAACGCUUCACGACCACAAACGUCAAGGAAGGAGAACCCGUUGUCUUCACAGCUAGAGCAGUUGGUACCCCAACACCACGAAUCUCAUGGCAGAAGGAUGGCGUACCGAUAGCGCCCGGCCCCGACGUGCGCAUAUCGACGGACGGCAGUGGAGCCUCGACUCUAGAUAUCCCUCGAGCAAAAUUCUCUGAUGCAGCAUGGUAUCAGUGCACAGCUCAGAAUGUGGCUGGCUCCACCGCCACCCGAGCCAGACUUUUCGUCGAAACACCUAAAGGAUCGAUCCCUGAACCAAGACGCCUGAAUUUACCUCGACCGACGAAAGUCAUCGAACCUGAACCCGCACCUGGCCCCGAAGUGAUUUACUUAAAACAUGUGGAACGCGCCAAACCAUAUUUACCCCCAUCGGAAGAAGAUAGAAUUUAUCCGCCUCCCCGAUUUAUUAUACCAUUGCGUGAUGUUCAUCAAAUUGAAGGGGGACGAAUUCACUUCGAGGCCAGAAUCGAACCGGUGGGCGAUCCAACCAUGAGGGUGGAGUGGUACGUCAAUGGCAGAGCUUUAGUCGCAAGCUCACGAGCGACUUUCAUUUUCCAAUUUGGAUUCAUUGCCAUGGACCUAAUCUCCAUUGGACAACAAGACAGCGGCGAAUACCUUUGUCGUGUUGUCAGCUCCACUGGAGUCGCUGAAUCUCGUGCCACCCUCAACGUAACACCACGCGCCACUAUUGAACAAACGAGUCAACAUCCCGACAGUCUUCGUUAUAUUCAACAACUCGAAGAUUACAGCAAGUACCAAAGACAGGAGAGCAUUGAAGAGUCCUCUUCACAGCGACCAGUUUUCAUCCGACCACUCCAGGAUCUCGGUGAACUUCAGGAGGGACGCAAUGCUCAUUUUGAAGCACAGCUAACUCCUGUAAGUGAUCCAACGAUGAAAGUGGAGUGGUACAAGGAUGGAAGAGCCAUCACAGCCAGUUCUAGAAUCACAACCAUCUUCAAUUUCGGUUACGUCUCGCUAAAUAUAUUGCACCUACGAGCUGAAGAUGCUGGUUCUUAUACAGUUCGAGCUGUGAAUCGCAUGGGAGAGGCCAUUAGCUCUGCGACUCUUCGUGUCUUUGCACGUACGAAUGUGACAGCUGAUUUAGGAAUACCUGAGCAGCAAAAAUAUAUCGAAGCUGCCGAGGAGUUGGAGGCUUAUCAACAUGCCAUGCAACAAAAAUAUGUUCAACAACAACCUGAACCAACAAGCCCACCGGAAUUUAAGACUCCUAUUAAGGAUCAAAACAAUAUUCGAGAAGGAGGUUUUGCUCAUUUCGAAGCAAGACUCGAGCCAGUUGGAGACUCGGACCUACGAGUUGAAUGGCUCAAAGAUGGACGUCCCGUUGAAGCUAGUUCACGGAUAACAACUUUCUUCAAUUUUGGAUAUGUUGCGCUUACUAUAAAAUCGGUGACGAUUUACGAUGUGGGAGUUUAUACGUGUCGUGCCUAUAACAGAGUUGGCGAAGCACAUACCACAGCACAAUUGAGUGUCAUCAGCAAAAAUGACAUUAUCUAUGAUAGUCAACAUCCAAUGGGAUUACAAAAAAUUCAAAGCCUAGAAGAUUCUAGUCGUUAUACACGUCGAGUACAGGAAGAAACUCAAAUAUCACAAGCACCACGUUUCCUGGGACCACUCAAGGGAACGAAUAAAAUUGUAGAGGGUCAAAGAGCCCAUUUUGAAGCUCGUGUUGAGCCACAAAGUGAUCUUACUAUGAAAAUCGAAUGGUAUCACAAUGGAAAACCAAUCACCGCCGCCAAUAGAAUCCAAACUUAUCAUGAUUUUGGUUAUGUUGCAAUUGACAUUCUUCAGGUGCGUUCUGAAGAUGCAGGAACUUAUACAGUUGUUGCGAGAAAUGCAUUAGGAGAAGCUCAAUUAUCAGCCACAAUGGUUGUUGAAACCCGUUCGAAUAUCGAUACAAGCAGUAUGCAUCAUGGAGCAUAUGAGAAGACACAGAAAUUUGAGGAUUCUAAAUUUGUUGAACCACACUAUCACAUUGAAGAGAUAUCAAAAUCGAAACCAAUUUUCGUGCAACCUUUGAAUGAUCCAAAGCCAGUUAGUGAGGGAAAGAAUAUUCAUUUGGAAUGUCGUUUGGAACCAAUGGGUGAUCCAACAAUGAGAGUUGAAUGGUUCCAAAAUGGAAGACCCGUCACAGUUGGUUCAAGAUUCAGAACUUAUUAUGAUUUUGGCUUUGUUGCACUUGAUAUUAUUCAUGUGAGUGUUUUGGAUUCUGGUGAAUAUACGGUUCGUGCGACAAAUCAUCUUGGCACUGCUCAUACAUCGGCUUGCGUUCGUGUCAUUGGAAAAUCGGACAUUCUCACUGAUUCACAAAAUGAACAUUCACUCGAGCAAAUACAAAUGCUUGAAGAUUCAUCGAAAUAUAGAAGAACACAGCACGAAGAUGUGACUGUAAUGCAACCACCACAAUUCACAAGAGCAUUACACAAUAUUGAAACUGUUGAGCUGACCAAUGUUCAUCUAGAGUGUCGUUUACAACCUGUUGGUGAUGCAACCAUGAGAGUCGAUUGGUUCGUUAAUGGACGACCAGUUACAACUGGUCAUCGUUUUAGACCAUCCUAUGAGUUUGAUUAUGUUGCCCUCGACAUCCUUGGUGUUUAUCCAGAAGAUUCUGGUGUCUACACUUGCCAGGCAAGUAAUCAACUUGGUGAAACAGUAACUUCCUGUUCAGUUCGUGUUCAUGCCAAAAAAGAUCUUCUCCUCGAGUCUCAACAUCCAGAAGGACUCGAGAGAAUUCAAUAUUUAGAAGAUGCUUCCAGAUACAAGAGAAACGAACUUGUCGACGAGGUCGUCAAUGUUAAACCCAAAUUUAUCACCAAGCCAAAGAAUCAAGAAAAUCUUAGGGAAGGACAACAUGCUCAUUUUGAAUGUAAACUGGAACCUGUCACCGAUUCCAAUCUAAAAGUAGAGUGGUUCAAAAAUGGUCGUCCAGUCACUAUAGGACACCGUUUCCGUCCCAUUCAUGACUUUGGCUAUGUCGCUUUGGAUGUGAUUGAUCUGAUUGCCGAGGAUAGUGGAACCUACACCUGCCGUGCUGUCAAUCUUAUUGGAAGUGAUGAAGUUAAUUGCGUUCUCAGUUGUAGAUCAACAGCACAAAUUUUGACUGACACCCAAAAUGAAAUGGGUUUGGAGCAAAUUCAUUAUUUGGAGGAUAGAUCAAAAUAUCAUCGCAGAGAAGAUGUUGAGGAAACAACAACUCAAGCUCCAAUCUUUACAACUUCUUUGAAUGACGUUGAAAUCAAAGAAGGCCAACGAGCUCACUUUGAAUGUCGAUUGAUUCCUGUUUCUGAUGCUACCAUGAAAGUGGAAUGGUUACAUAAUAAUACUCCAGUUAAGGCUGGUUCCCGAUUUAUUGAGACAAAUAGUUUUGGAUUUGUUGCUCUUGACAUUAUGUAUGCCUAUCCGGAAGAUGCUGGAACAUAUACAUGUCGUGCUAGGAACGCAAUUGGUGAAGCUAUGACAUCGGCAACUGCAAAUGUACACUCUAAAAAAUCAAUUUACAUGGAAUCCCAAAACGAGAACGCUCUCCAACGAUUGCGCCAUUUGGAAGAUACUUCCCGGUACCAACGAAAGGCAGUGCAGGAAGAAAUUAUUUCUCAGGCUCCAAUAUUUACGAUGCCUAUAAAGGAUUUAAGAGUUGCUGAAAAUCAAGCUGCUCAUUUCGAAGCUCGUGUCAUUCCGGUUGGUGAUUCUAAACUCAAAGUGGAAUGGUUACGUAAUGGAGUUCCAAUAUUAGCUUCCAAUCGAAUAACAACAAUGCACGACUUUGGAUACGUUGCUCUAAACAUGAAGUAUGUAACUCCGGAAGAUGCUGGUACUUACACUUGUCGUGCUAUCAAUGAUCUUGGAGAAGCUGUAACAUCAGCAACAAUGUUUGUUCAAUCUAAAGCAGCUCUACAAUUUGAAUCCCAACAUGAAGGAAGUUUAUCGAAACUUCAAGCCUUGGAAGAUAAUAGCAAAUAUCAGCGUCGUGAAGAAGAGGAGGUUGUCGUUAAGGAAAAACCAACAUUUACUGUACAAUUGAAUGGACCUAAGAAUCUUGUUGAGGGUCAAAGUGCGCAUUACGAGUGUCGAAUUGAACCUUAUCCUGAUUCAAACAUGAAGGUCGAAUGGUUCCAUAAUGGAAAACCUCUUUCCACUGGACACAGAUAUCGAACAGCUUGUGAUUUUGGUUUUGCUGCUUUAGAUGUUCUCACUGUCUAUGCUGAAGAUUCUGGUACAUACACUUGUAAAGCAACAAACAAAUUGGGCACGGCUUCCAGUUCCAUUAAUCUUGAUGUCAAGUCUAAAGCUUCCAUCAUCCGAGAAACUCAACACGAAGGAGCACUCAAGAAAAUCCAGUAUUUGGAGGAUGAUUCCCGAUAUAAAAAAGUUGAUCAAGAAGAUGUGGUGGUUGCGGAGAAACCCAAAUUUGGAAGACCUUUGAAGAAUAUUGAACAUCUUUCAGAAGGCAAGAGCGCCCAUUUGGAAGCAACUUUGACACCAGUCAAUGAUCCAACAAUGAUUGUUGAAUGGUUCAGAGAUGGUAGACCAAUUCCUCAGGGUCAUAAAUUCAAAACUACAUACGAUUUUGGUUUUGUUGCUCUUGAUAUUCUUUAUGCUUAUCCAGAAGAUUCUGGUACCUAUAUGUGUAAAGCAAGAAAUGCUGCAGGCGAAGCUGUUACAACAUGUGUUAUUUCUGUUGAUUCAAAACAAGGUUUGUGCCUUGACACUUUGGAUGCUCAGAGACUCGAAAAGAUCCGUGAAUUGGAAACUGUUGAAGUGAAACAGGAAGUUGAGAAGGAAAUUGUUCAUCAGAAGCCAGUGUUCUUAACUCCUUUGAAUAAUCUUGAUCUUAGGGAAAGUGAACAUGCUCAUCUGGAAUGCCGAGUUGAACCAAUCAACGAUGCAAAUUUGAAGAUUGAAUGGUUUGUCAAUGGUGUGGCAGUAAAAACAGGACAUCGAUAUCGUACAACUCACGACUUUGGUUACGUGGCUCUGGAUAUUCUUUAUGCAUACGCUGAAGAUUCUGGAACAUACAUGUGCAAGGCUACGAAUCUUGCCGGCGAAGCUGUUAAUACUUGCACUAUUAAAGUAGGAUCUCGUCAUGGAAUUCUCAUGGAUACACAACAUCCUGAUGGUCUUGAGAAGAUUCGGGAAUUAGAGGCUCAAGGUCAUCCAGCUCGAUUGGAAGUGGAUGAACCGCCUGUGACUCCUCCACGAUUCGUCACUCAACUCAGGGGUACAACUGAAAUUUACGAAGGACAAACGGCUCACUUUGAAUGUCAAGUGGAACCGCUUCACGAUGCAAACUUGAGAAUUGAAUUCUUCCACAAUGGAAAACCUCUUCCAUCAGCAUCACGAUUCCAUGUUACAUUUGAUUUUGGUUACGUGGCUCUUGAUAUUGGUCACGCUGUUCCUGAAGACGCAGGACAAUAUUCUGUGCGAGCUAUCAAUAAUCUUGGACAAUGCGUUUCGUCAAUUGAACUCAAGGUGAUUCCACGAGAAAAUAUUAUUCUUGAUUCACAACGACCUGAAGGAUUGGACAAAAUUCGCGAAUUGGAAUCUCAACAGCCUUGGAAGAGACCUGAUGUUUCGGAACCGCAAACAAGACAACGUCCAGUAUUUACGCAACCGUUGCAAAAUAUUGACGCAAUUCCAGAAGGUCAAACUGCCCACUUUGAAUGUCGUCUGAUCCCAGUUGGUGAUCCAACACUCAAGGUCGAAUGGUUUAGAAAUGAAACUCCUCUUGAGACCAGCUCUAGGAUUUCCAAGGUUCAUGAUUUUGGAUUUGUAUCUUUGGAUAUUUCUCAUGUUCGUGAGAAUGAUGAGGGAGUGUACAUGUGUCGCGCUUCAAAUGCUCUAGGAGAAGCUGUGACAACUGCCUCUAUGAGAAUUCAAACUAAAUCCAAUAUACAAAUGGAGAGUCAUCAUCCAGAGGCUCAGCAGAAGAUUGCACAAUUGGAAGCUGACAAAGGACCAAGUCGUCCAGAAGAACAAGAAAAGAAGUUUGACAAACCAAUAUUUACUCAAUUGUUGACUGGACCAACGGAAUUGUGGGAAGGUCAAAUUGCUCAUUAUGAAUGCCGAGUUGUUCCUGUAGGUGAUGCUAGUCUACGAUUUGAAUGGUACGUCAAUGGUGUUGAACUCAAAAUGGGAUCACGUUUCCAUGUGAGUCACGAUUUUGGAUUCAUUACUUUGAACAUCAUGAAGGUCAUUCCCGAAGAUUCAGGUGUUUAUUCCUGCAAAGCAAUCAAUAAAGCAGGUGAGGCAGUUUCUUCCAUUUCACUAAAAGUCAAGGCUCGUUCUGCUAUUUCUGGUGAAUCCAUACAACCAGACGCAUGGCAAAAGAUCCAAUUAAAGGAAGCUGAAAUGAAUAAAGUUCCUGAAAUGUUUGUUGACACUACUCCUCAGCAAGCACCUGUUUUCACCACUCAUCUCAAAAGUUACGAUAAAUUACAAGAAGGUCAACAUGUUUAUUUGGAGGCUCAAGUUGAGCCAAGAGCAGAUCCUAAUUUAAGAACCGAAUGGUUCAAGAAUGGAGUUGCACUUCAAACUGGAACGAGAUUAAGAAGCACGUUUGAUUUUGGUCUUGUUACACUAUCAAUCAACAGUCUUAGACCCGAUGAUUCAGCAAUUUAUACCUGCAAAGCUGUUAAUUUACUUGGUGAAGCUGUUUCCACUUGUAGCUUAAAGAUUGGUGACAAACACUGGCUGAUGGGAGAUACUUUACAUCCUGAUGCUCUUCCAAAGAUUGAUGCAUUAGAACAACCGCAGGUGACAACCAAAGCAGAAAUUGAGCCAACUUAUGAAGAACCAGUAUUCAUCUCUCAUCUUAACAAUGUUGAAUGCAUUGAAGGUGAAAAUGUUCACUUUGAAUGUAACGUAGAACCUUCCAAGGAUCCCACCAUGAAAAUCGAAUGGUUCUUAAAUGGUAAACCUUUACCAACUGGUGCUAGAUACAAAUCAACCUACGACUUUGGAUAUGUAGCUUUGGAUCUUAAUCAUGCUUAUGAAGAGGAUUCUGGAUUGAUAACAGUAAAAGCUACCAAUUCUAAAGGAUCAGCACAAACAACUGGAACUCUCAAAUGCACAAGCAAACAGAGUAUUUACUUACAAACUCAACAUCCACAAGGUGAAGCUGGCUUGGAAAAAGUUAAAGAAGUCGAUGAGGCAUAUCUAUCUAAGCAACAAAGACCAGAAGAUGGUCCAGAACACGAAUAUCCAAAACCUGUUUGGAUUGUACCACUUCAGCCGGAAUUCAAACUUGGUGAAUCAGAACCUCUUCAUCUUGAAGGACAAGUUGAACCGAAAGAUGAUCCUAAUCUUAAGAUCGAAUGGUAUUUGAAUGGUAAAGUAUUGGAACACGGAUCACGAUUCAAAAUGACAAGUGAUUUUGGAUUCGUGACCUUGGAUCUGACCGAUGCUUAUGAUCGAGAUUCUGGAAUUUACACAUGUAAAGCAUUCAAUAAAGCUGGUGAAGCAUUCACUUCAACGACAAUUUAUUGUUCAACAAAGGAAAAUAUAAUUGAGAGAUCACAACAUCCAAAGGGUAAAGAAGGAUUGGAAGCAAUUCAAGAUCUGGAAGAAUCAUUAAAACGAGAGGCAGCUGCUGCUCAAGAGAGUGACGAAGGUCAUCCACCAGUUUUUACUUCACAAUUUGAGAAUUUGAGCAAUCUUUCAGAAGGAGAAAUAGCACACUUUGAAGCGUCUCUCACUCCAACUGGUGAUCAAACAAUGGUUGUUGAAUGGUUUUACAAUGGCAAAGCUUUGGAAGCCAGUCAUAGAACGAGGACAGUUUAUGCUUUUGGAAUGGUUGUUCUUGAAGUUCUAGGAACAAAGAUUGAAGACUCUGGAACUUAUUCUUGCAAAGCUACUAAUAAAUGGGGUCAGGCAGAAAUCAGCGUGAAUCUUGAAUGCGUUGACAAGUCAAAGGGACAGAAACCUAAGUUUACGACUCAUAUUCAAUCUUUGGAGGGUCUUAAAGAUGGACAAUCAGCUCACUUUGAAUGCACUCUAAUACCUGUUGGUGAUCCGAACAUGAAGGUUGAAUGGUUCCAUAAUGGUCAACCACUGCGUCAUUCAUCUCGUUUCAAAAUGGUAUCAGACUUUGGCUUUGUGGUCAUGGACAUUGCUGGCGUUAUGUCACAUGAUUCCGGAGAAUAUGUUUGCAAAGCAAGUAACAAAUUCGGUGAAGACUUUACUAAAGCAACUAUUAAAUGCUUUGGUAAAGGUGGUGUUUAUUCGGAUUCCCUUCAACCGGAUUCAUUAGCUCGAAUUCGUGAACUCGAGAGCUAUACUGGUGAUCAACAAACAACUCAAACACCAGCUGUUGCUGAACCACCGAAAUUCAUUACCCAAAUUUCUGACAUCACAAAAUUAGUUGAAGGCCAGUCUGCACACUUUGAGGCAAGAUUGACUCCAAUCACUGAUCCGGAUCUAAAGGUUGAGUGGUAUUAUAAUGGAAAGAAAUUACCUCAUGGUCAUCGUUAUAGAACAUUCCAUGAUUUUGGAAUUGUUAUUCUUGAUAUUUUGUAUUGUUAUGAGGAAAAUUCUGGAGUUUAUGAAUGUAGAGCUGUAAAUAAAUAUGGAGAGGAUACAACGAAAGCAACAUUGAGAUGUUUGUCGAAGGCAAAUCUCAUUUUGGAAUCGCAACUACCAAAAGGAAUGGAAGGUGGUUUAGAGAAGAUUCAAACAUUGGAGGAUUCAAUGGUUCGUACGAAAGAUGAAAGAUCAGUUGAAUCAACUGGAAAAGCUCCAAUGUUCACAGUUCCAUUGAGCAAUCUUGAUGGUCUCCGUGAGGGUGAGAGUGCUCACUUUGAAGCUCGUCUUACUCCAACUGAUGAUCCGAAAUUGAAAGUUGAAUGGUUCUGGAAUGGUAAACCUCUUCGCACUGGAUCUCGUUUCCGCACUUUCUGUGACUUUGGUUUCGUUAUUUUGGAAAUAUCACCAAUCUAUCCGGAAGAUUCUGGAGAAUACAGUUGUCGAGCAUCAAACGAUUAUGGUGAAGCUGUUACAACAUGCUCAAUGAAAUGCACUGGUAAGAGAAACAUCAUCCUGGAAUCACAGCUUCCAAAAGGAAUGGAAGGAACAAUUGAUAAGAUUGCCGAAUUGGAAGGCCUUGGCAAUGAACCAGGUCAACCAAGUCCUGAUGAUGACACUGGUAAACCACCGGAAUUCAUCACUACACCAUCUGAUUUGACAUUAUCAGAAAAUUCCCUCGCUCACUUUGAAUGUCGACUACAACCUGUUAACGAUUCCAGUAUGCGUGUUGAAUGGUUCCACAAUGGAAAAGCAUUGUUAGCUGGUUCCAGAGUGAAGACAAUUCACGACUUUGGAUUUGUCAUUCUAGAAGUGGCCAAUUGUUAUCAAAGAGAUUCUGGCCUCUACACCUGUAAGGCUACCAAUAAACAUGGUGAAGCGACAGUUUCCUGUAAAUUGCAAGUUCGUGGUCGUCAAGGAAUCAUUCUUGAACCACAGCUUCCAAAUAAUUUUAAAACUGGAACGGAGAGUAUUCAGAAACUGGAGGAAACUUUACAUAAAAAAGAUGAAAUUCUGUCUGAGGAAGAAACUCCAAAUCCACCAAGAUUCACGGUGGAAUUAAAGGACAUUGAAGUGGAAGAAGCUGGACCAAGUCACUUUGACUGUCGAGUUGAACCUUCAAAUGAUUCCACAAUGCGCAUUGAUUGGUUCCAUAAUGGUCGUCCAUUUGCCACCGGUUCACGUGUUCAUCAAAUCAACGAUUUUGGUUUCAUUUCACUGGAUUUGUCUUAUACUUACGCUAGAGAUAGUGGAGAGUAUGUUUGCAGAGCUACCAAUAAAUGGGGAUCAGCAACCACAAAAGCGACAGUCACUUGUAAAUCCAAGAAAGCUAUUGAUUUCGAGUCUCAACUACCAACUGGCAUGAGUGGAGAGAAACUGAAGGAAUUGGAACGUGGACCAGUUACAGAAGCUCCACCACCGGAACCACCGCGACAACCACCUCGAUUCAUCACUCAAAUUCAAUCAGCAACAGUCGAGGAAUCUGAAUCAGUUAGAUUUGAAUGUCGUGUUGAACCAAAAGACGAUCCCAAUCUUCGUAUUGAGUGGUACAGGAAUGGAAAAGUCAUUCCAGCUGGUCACAGAUACAGAACAGCUUACGAUAUGGGUUUCGUUUCAAUGGAUGUUUUGUAUGUCUAUGCCGAAGAUUCUGGUGAAUAUGUAUGCAAAGCAAUCAAUGAUCUUGGAGAAGAUACAACUAGAGCUUCUGUUUCUUGCAAACAACUACCAAAUAUCAUUCUUCAGAAUCAAGUACCAAAGGGAAUGAAGAAAUCGGAAGCCUUGAUGCAAAUGGAAGCAACCAUCAAGAAAUAUACUUCUGAAGUUCAUCUAACGGAGGAUGAUCUUUAUGAUGCUGAUAAAAAACAACCGCCACGAUUUGUCACACAAAUUCAAGAUCAAAAGGAUCUUGUUGAGAUGAAUAACACUAAAUUCGAAUGUCAAUUGGCUCCAGUUGGUGAUCCAAACAUGAAAGUGGAAUGGUUCUUCAAUGGCAAACCAUUGCCACAUAAAAAUAGAUUCACUCCAAUUUAUGAUUUUGGUUAUGUUGCGAUGAAUUUCGGUUGGGUUUAUCCAGAAGACAGUGGCGAAUAUCUUUGUCGAGCAACAAAUCUUUAUGGAAUGGAUGAAACGAGAGCAGUCAUAAAAACUGCUGGCAAACCUGGUAUCAUCUACGAAUCACAAUUGCCAAAGGGAAUGAAGAGUAUCGAAAAAAUUAGAGAAAUGGAAGCUGCCUGGCAAGUUGUACCGGAAGAGGAGGGCGAGGAAGAAAAAGUAAAAGCUCCACCAGCAUUUGUCAGCAAACCUGAACCAUAUGUUGUUGAAGAAGGCGAUUGGUCCAGAUUCUGUUGUCGUGUCACUGGUCAUCCUAAACCUCGUGUCAUGUGGUUGAUCAACGGUCACACUGUUGUUAACGGAUCGCGCUAUAAAUUAACUUACGAUGGAAUGUAUCAUCUGGAUAUACCAAAAACCAGGCAGUAUGAUAAUGGAAAGAUUGAAGUAAUAGCUAGAAGUUCGGUUGGUGAAGCACGAACAGAAACAACUCUUACAGUGAAGCCUCGCAGUGAUGAUUAUCGUGGAGUUCUUAAAAACUCUCCAAGACCUUGGUACGAUUAUGAACUCACUCAAUAUCAAGCGGAUCGUCAGGAUACAGAACUCGAACGAGUUUUUGAUGAACGUCAACAAAGUGUAUCACAAGGUGUUGGAAUUGCUACUGAACAUUUAGCACCGAAGGUAUUCAAAAAACCUGAAACUGAUUGGCAAAAGUCAGUCAAAACCAAAAAGAAUGAGGAUUAUUACACUAAGCUGAUGACCCUGGAGGAGGAUCAAGUUUUGAAGGAGCAAAGACUUCGUGAACAAUCACAUCAAUUCGCUGUGCCAGGAGAGAAAAUUGUCAGCAAUUCAAUGGCUUUAGGAAUGGCGCAAAAGUAUCAAGAAAAUUUGGAAGUACAACCACAAGAGCCAAUUCAAGCACCACCUUCCAAGAUUGUCAAAAAACCAUUUGUCACCCAAGUGGAUAUUGACACUGAACGUGUCAAAGGAUCAGGUAAAUAUCCACCAGAUCCAUCGGAAUCAACAGUUCAUGGACGUGAAGUUCAUGUGGCGAAACAAAAACAAACACAAAAGGAAACAAAGGGAGAUCUUGAGAUUACUAGAAAAAUUACAGCCACCGAAACAACGGAAAUGGAACACAAGGCUAAAACUCAGGAACGUGUUGUUCAAGGUCAAGUGAAACCAGCCACACCACCGGUAUUUACAAAAAAAAUACAACCAUGCCGAGCAUUUGAACAGGAACAGGCGAAAUUUGAAGUUGAAUUUGAUGGUGAUCCAUUGCCAACAAUAAAAUGGUAUCGUGAAGAUUUUCCCAUUACAAAUUCAUCUGAUCUUCAAAUAUACACAUUUAGUACAAAAUCCGUGUUAAUUGUUCGUCAAGUUUUUAUGGAAGAUUCCGGUGUAUUUUCCGUUAUUGCUGAAAAUCGUGGUGGAAAAGCUAAAUGUAGCGCUAAUCUUGUUGUGGAAGAGAGAAGACGACAACCUGGUAGAGGUGGUGUUAUUCCACCAAGUUUUCUCUCGACUAUUCAAAGUACCAAUGUCAAUGGUGGUCAGUUGGCGAGAUUUGAUGCCAAAGUCACUGGUACUAAACCACUCGAUGUCUAUUGGCUAAAGAAUGGAAAGAAAAUUGUUGCUGAUAUUCGAUACAAGACACUGGAAGAAGAUAAUACUUAUACUCUAUUGAUUCUUGAAAGUGUACCAGAAGAUACUGGAAAAUAUGAAUGCGUAGCUCUGAAUAGUGCAGGUGAAGCUCGUUGUGAUGCUGAAUGUACAGUUCGUGGACCACAAUCACCUGCAAAAACAACAAAACCAUCAACACCAGGUGCAGAGAAAGCACCAAGUGUCAUGGAACCACUUAAAGAUCAAACCAUCAAGGAAGGAACGUCUGUUGCGUUCGCCUGUCGAAUUUCUGGAAAACCAACACCUACUAUUCAAUGGAAGAAAGGAGACAAAGUUAUCAAACCAUCGAAAUACUUCCAAAUGCAGAAAGAAGUUGAUCUUUGUACAUUAAGAAUUUCCGAGGCAUUCCCUGAGGAUGAGGGUGUUUAUAAAUGUAUCGCCAAAAAUCCCGCGGGAGAAGUGACGACUUCCGCUAAUCUCAGGGUGCUUGCUCCUGAUACUGCUGAUGUUUUGCCAAAAUUAUCACCGCUCAAGGAUCAAAUUGUCCUUGAAGGUCAACCAGCUCAAUUUAAAACUCAAGUGACUCCACCAAAAGUCAAGCCCACAAUUCAAUGGUAUCGUGAAGGUGCUCUCAUACCUCAAUCGCCGGAUUUCCAGAUGAUUCAUGAGGGAAACAAUGCAGUAUUGCUGAUAGCGACGACCUAUGAAGAAGACACUGGUACCUUCACGUGUCGUGCAACAACUUCCGCUGGCACUGUUGAAACAUCAGCCAAGCUCAUCGUUAAAAAAAGAAGAGGCGUUUAUUAUGAAUCACCAGUCCCAGCCGAUUCUUUGGGACCUGGUGCUAAAACUGGCAAGAUGCCAACAAUAGGUACAUCUGUGGGAGGAUUAUUGAUAGAGCGAAGAGCUUCAAAGGAUGUUCCUAAGGAUGCAAUUGAAUAUGAUGAAGAAGGUCUUCCUUUAGGAAUACCACUUCCUCCAGGUGAUGAGACAUUACCUUGGAGAAAAAGUCGUGUUCUUCAUCGAUCACGGCCAACUAAUAUUACACCAUGGCGAAAAAUUAAACCAAGAUCACGUGAUGUUUCUUUAGAUAGAAAAAUGAAAGCCGACGUUGACACAGUGAAACCGUGGACCGAAGAGGAAAUAAUAUUAAAGAAAGCAACUCAAGUGAUUAAAGAGAUUCCAAGGGAAACAUUGGAAGAAGUUGAAUUACGUCCGACAAAAACUGAGAAAAUAGAAAUAAGAAGAGAAAGUCUUCAGUAUGUGGAAUUGAAACCAGUACCAAAAGAUUCAACAUUAAAUGAAGAAAUUUUACAAAGAUUAUUAACAGAAGAAAUCACUUCCAAAGAGGAUUAUACUGAAGAGGAGGAUACUUCACUUUUGGGUGUUACAUCAAAAACUGAAAUUACACUAAAAACAAGAAAAGAAAUUCCUGAAAUUAAAGAAUCGAUGGAAACAAUCGACAAAGUGAAACCAUGGACCGAAGAGAAGAUAUCGUUGAAGAAAAUGAAACCAGAACGAAAGGAAAUUCCCAAAGAAGUGUUGGAAGAGGUAGACUUGAAGCCGACCAAACCUCAGAAAACCGAAAUUCAGAAAACUAAUCUAGAACAAGUGGAAUUAAAAUCAAUUACAAAGGAAGAAAAAACAAAGAAGACAAUAAUAACUACAGAAGAUUACGUCGAGGAAGAAGAUUCAACAAUGUUGGAUGUUACAAAACAAGUUGAUGUAACGAGGAAAACAAUUGAGAAACCAAAACCAUGGACCGAAGAACAAAUAACACUAAAGAAAGCUAAACCCCAAAAGCAAUUGAUACCAACAGAAACAGUAGAAACAGUCGAAUUGAAACCUUCCAAACCUGAAAGAAGAGAUAUACCAAAACCCACCCUCGAAGAAGUCAAUCUAAAACCCCUGAUUAAAGAAACAAAAGUAGAAAUAAUUAUCAAAGAAAAGGAACAAGUACAAAAAGAUGAUUACGUUGAAGAAGAAGACACCACACUGCUAGAUGUUUCUAAAACAAUUGACAUAACUAAACGAACUGUGAAAAAAGUGCCUGAAGAUAAACCCAGACCAUGGACAGAAGAGCAAAUCACUUUGAAGAAAGCAAAACAAGAAAGACGAGAAAUUGUCAAAGAAACAAUUGAAGACGUAGAAUUGAAACCAACUAAAUUUGAAAGGAGCGAAACUAACAUAGAAGAAGUUACGUCACUAAAACCCAUCACCAAGGAUGAUCAAAAGACAAUCGUUAAAAAGACAACAGUCGGUGAUUUUGUCGAAACUGAAGAUACAACACUGCUGGAAGUGUCUAAGGAAACUGAUGUUUCUCGUAAAUCACUGAAGAAAGAUGAAAAAACCGAUCAACCGAUUCCUUGGACCCAGGAAAAAAUCACAUUAAAGAGAGCCAUGCCAGAGAAGAAGGAAAUUCCACAAGAAAAAGUUGAAGAGGUUCAACUCAAACCUUUCAGAUCAGAAAAGGCUCCAUACAGUGAAGAAACGGAUAUUUCUUUAUUGAAGAUUAAAUCCGAUCAAGAGGUAACGACAGUUAAGAAGGAUAAAAUCAAAGAAGAAAAGGUAGAAGAAGAAGCAGUAUCUUGGCGAAGAGGUGUGAAAAAGCAAAAAGAAGUUCAGCCAGAAGUACCUGAAGAAGAAAAACCUCAGGAAGUAAGUGAAGUUCCAUGGAUUCGUGGCAAAAAGCCAAAGAAGAUUGAAACAACAGCAGUUGAAGAAACGGAAUCAAUUCAUCCACAAUUAUCUGAAAGUAAAACAGAAGAGAAAAAGCCACGAAAAGAAGAUAAAUCUGAUCAACCGAUUCCUUGGAACCAGGAAAAAAUCACACUAAAGAGAGCCAAGCCUGAGAAAAAAGAAUUGCCACAAGAAAAAAUUGAGGAGGUUCAACUUAAACCUUUCAAACCAGAGAAGAUUGAAGCAAUAAUCGAAAAAGCUCCAUAUGCUGAAGAAACAGACAUUUCUUUAUUAAAGCUAAAAUCCGACCAAGAGGUAACGAUUGUUAAGAAGGAUAAGUUCACCAAAGAAGAAAAAAUAGAAGAAGAAGCAGUCUCUUGGAGAAGAGGUGUCAAAAAGAAAAAAGAAGAGGCACCUGAGGCACCAGUUGAAGAGAAACCUCAAGAGAUCACUCAAGUUCCAUGGCUACGAGGCAAGAAAUCAAAAAAGAUUGAGGAAAUAAAACCCGAAGAAAUUACCCAAGUACCUGAUGAAGAGAAACCGCAAGAAGUAACAGAGCUACCUUGGAAGAGAGGCAAAAAACCCAAACAGAUAGAGAAAUCAACUACCGAAAUAACAAUCGAAGAAACGAAGGUUGAUCUUCAAACUGAAGAGACGAAGAAAAAAGAACUACCAGAACAAGUUCCUUGGACACAGGAGAAGAUUACUCUGAAAAGAGCAAAACCCACGAAAAAAGAUAUUCCAGAAGAAAAAAUUGAAGAAGUUCACCUCAAACCGUAUAAACCGGAAAAAAUUGAAACAACCGCUCCAUAUGCUGAAGAAACGGAUAUUUCUUUACUGAAGCUAAAAUCCGACCAAGAGGUAACUGUUAAAAAAGAGAAGAUAAUAAAAGAAGAAAAGAAAGACGAAGAAAAAGUAGAGGAAGAAGCAGUCUCUUGGAGAAGAGGUGCCAAGAAGCAAAAAGAAAUUAAGCCACAAGAGGUACCUGAAGUAAUCGAGGAAGAGAAAUCUCAAGUCCCAUGGAUCCGUGGCAAACAGCCAAAGAAGAUUGAACAAACACCAAUCGAAGAAAUUCAAUCAAAACUACCUGAAGAACAAAAAUCUAAAAAAGAAAUAGAACAGGUUCCUUGGACACAGGAGAAGAUUACUCUAAAAAGAGCAAAACCCACAAAGAAGGACAUACCAGAAGAAAAAGUUGAACAAGUUCAACUCAAAUCUCAUAAACCCGAAAAAGUGGAAACAACAACUGAAAAAUUACCUUAUUCCGAACAAAGUGAUAUUUCUCUCCUCAAAGUAAAAUCCGACCUUGAAGUAACGAUUGUCGAUGAGAAAAAAAUAAUUGAAGAAGAGAAAGUUGAAGAAAAUGCCGUUUCCUGGCGUAGAGAUCGAAAGAAACCCAAGGAUCAAGUCACAGAAGAAAUUCAACAGUUGCCUGAAGAGAAACCUAAAGAAGAAAUAGCAGAAUUACCCUGGAAACGUGGUAAGAAACCUAAAAAGGUGGAAAAAACAACAGCAGAGAUUACAACCGAACAGAUUGAAGAGACAUCAAUUCAACCUGAGAAGGUAACUGAAGAAGAAAAACCAGAGGAGAUAACUGAAUUACCAUGGAAACGUGGCAGGAAGCCAAAAACAGUGGAAAAAACAACUGUUGAAAUCACAACUGAAGAAAAACCAGAAGUGAAGGAAGAAGAGAUUGAAGAUUUAGCAAAAGUAACACUGAAGAAAACGAGGCGUGUCAUUAAACCGGAACAGCCGGAAGAAAAAGAAGAAAUCACCUUGAAACCUGUGAAACGGUUACCGAAGGAGGAAGCUGAAAAAGAAGAAGUCACCUUGAAACCUGUGAAACGUUUACCAAAGGAGGAGGUAGAAAAAGAAGAAGUCACCUUGAAACCUGUGAAACGGUUACCGAAAGAAGAAACCGAAAAAGAAGAAAUCACCUUGAAACCUGUGAAACGUUUACCGAAAGAAGAAACCGAAAAAGAAGAAAUCACCUUGAAACCUGUGAAACGAUUACCAAAGGAAGAAACAGAAAAAGAAGAAAUCACUCUGAAACCUGUGAAACGUUUACCGAAAGAAGAAACAGAAAAAGAAGAAAUCACCUUAAAACCCAUCAAACGGUUACCAAAGGAAGAAGAAACGAAAGAAGAAGUACAGUUGAAGCCUGUAAAGAAAGAAAAAGUCGAGGAAGAAAAAGAAGAAACUAUUCUUAAACCCAAAAAGAUUGAAAAGCCAGUUGAAGAAAUGCCUGAAGAAACAACACAGUUACCAUGGGUACGAGGUAAAAAGACUAAGAAGAUUGAGAAAACUACAGAACAAGUUGAAAAAACCGAAGUUCAACCUGAAAAGGUACCUGAAGCGCCUGAAGAAGAAAUGCCAGAAGAAAAAACAGAAUUACCAUGGAAACGAGGCAAGAAACCUAAAAAGAUUGAAAACUCAUCUGUUGAGAUUACAACUGAACAGAUUGAGGAAACAAGCAUUCAAGUGCAACCAAAAGAAGUGCCUAAAGUACCAGAAGAGAAACCACAGGAACAGAAGAAACCAAAGAAAGAAGAUAAACCAGAACAAGAUGUUCCAUGGACACAAGAGAAGAUUACUUUAAAGAGAGCAAAGCCAGAAAGAAAAGAAUUGCCUCAAGAAAAGAUCGAAGAGGUUCAACUCAAACCAUUUAAACUUAAGAAAGCCGAAGUCACAACUGAAGAAGUAACUGAAUCAACUGAGAAAUCUCAAGUGGAAGUAAAAUCAAUUGAGGAUAAACAAAUUCAAGAAGAGGAAGUAAUUCAAGAAGAAACGGUUACAUGGCGAAGGGGUAAAAAGAAACCACAAGAAAAAGUCACAGAAGACAUUAAACCAGAGCAGGUACCAGAGGUACCAGAAGAAAAAACUGAAUUACCCUGGAAGCGUGGUAAGAAGCCUAAAGUGGUCGAAAAAACAACUGCAGAAAUCACAACUGAGCAAGUUGAAGAAACAUCAAUUGAGGUUCAAAGUAAAAAGGUACCUGAAAUAUCUGAGGAAAAGCCUGAAGAGAAAACUGAAUUACCAUGGAAACGUGGAAAGAAACCUAAAACGGUUGAAAAAUCAACGGCUGAAAUUGUAACUGAACAGGUUGAAGAGACAUCAAUUGUAGUCAAAUCUGAAGAAGUACCUGAGGAAGAAAAGCCGGAAGAGAAAACAGAAUUACCAUGGAAACGUGGCAAGAAGUCAAAGAAGGUUGAAAAAUCAACGACAGAGAUUACAACUGAACAGACUGAAGAAACAAGCAUUCAAGUUGAAUCCAAAAAGGUACCUGAAGAGAAACCUAAAGAAGAAAUAGUAGAAUUACCCUGGAAACGUGGUAAGAAACCUAAAAAGGUGGAAAAAUCGACAGCUGAGAUUACAACUGAAGAGGUUGAAGAGACAUCAAUUGUAGUUCAAUCUAAAGAAGUACCUGAGGAAGAAAAGCCAGAAGAAACAACGGAACUGCCAUGGAAACGAGGAAGAAAACCUAAAAAGGUGGAAAAAUCGACAGCUGAGAUUACAACUGAAGAGGUUGAAGAGACAUCAAUUGAAGUCCAACCUAAAGAAGUACCUGAGGAAGAAAAACCUGAAGAAAAAACAGAAUUACCAUGGAAACGAGGCAAGAAACCUAAAAAGGUGGAAAAAUCAACUGUAGAAAUUACAACUGAACAGGUUGAAGAGACAUCAAUUCAACCUGAUAAGGUACCUGAAGAAGAAAAACCAGAAGAAAAAACUGAACUGCCAUGGAAACGAGGCAAGAAACCUAAAAAGGUGGAGAAAUCAACUGUAGAAAUUACAACUGAACAGGUUGAAGAGGCAUCAAUUCAACCUGAAAAGGUACCUGAAGAAAAAAUACCAGAAGAUAAAACUGAACUCCCAUGGAAACGAGGCAAGAAACCUAAAAAGGUGGAAAAAUCAACUGUAGAAAUUACAACCGAACAGGUUGAAGAGACAUCAAUUCAACCUGAAAAGGUACCUGAAGAAGAAAUACCAGAAGAUAAAACUGAACUGCCAUGGAAACGAGGAAGAAAACCUAAGAAGGUGGAAAAAUCAACAUCAGAGAUUACAACCGAACAGGUUGAAGAGACAUCAAUUCAACCUGAAAAGGUACCUGAAGAAGAAAUACCAGAAGAUAAAACUGAAUUGCCAUGGAAACGGGGAAGAAAACCUAAGAAGGUUGAAAAAUCAACAGCUGAGAUUACAACUGAACAGGUUGAAGAAACAAGCAUUGAUGUUCAACCGGAAAUGGUACCUGAAGAUGAGAAACCAGAAGAAAAAAUGGAAAUGCCUUGGAGACGAGGCAGAAAACCGAAAAAAGUUGAAAAAACAGUAACUGAAAUAACAACAGAAGUUGUCGAGGAAUCAAAGAUUGAUCUUCAACCAGAAGAAAAAGAAGAAGUAGAAGAUUUUUCAAAAUUGACACUAAAGAAAACAAAACGUGUUAUCAAACCGGAAAAACCGGAAGAAAAAGAAGAAAUCACCUUGAAACCUGUAAAACGUUUACCAAAGGAAGAGACCGACAAGGAAGAAAUUAAUCUGAAACCUGUAAAGAGAGAAGAAGUUGAAGAAGAAACGAAAGAAGAAAUAGUGAAGAAAACAAAACGUAUCAUCAAACCGGAGCAACCGGAAGAAAGAGAAGAAAUCACCUUAAAACCCGUUAAACGUUUACCAAAGGAAGAAACAGAUAAAGAAGAAAUUCACCUAAAACCAGUAAAGAAAGAAAAAAUUGAAGAAGAAACAAAGGAAGAAGUAGUAAAGAAAACGAAACGUAUCAUUAAACCGGAGCAACCGGAAGAAAGAGAGGAAAUCACAUUAAAACCCGUUAAACGUUUACCAAAGGAAGAGACAGAUAAAGAAGAAAUUCACCUGAAACCAGUGAAGAAAGACAAAGUUGAUGAAGAAACAAAGGAAGAAAUUCCUCUUAAACCUCUUAAAAUUGAGGAAGAAAAACCAGACGAAGAAAUACCUUCAGAAACAUCAAUUGCUCCUUGGCGAAGAUCCAAGAAACCAUCAAAGAAAGUUGUUGAAUUUAAUGAAGACGUUACUGUCUUUCCAAUUGAGCAAGAAGAAGAAGAUGAAGAAAUUAUUACUCAAGAGGAGGUGGAAACAAUUGUCAUUGAAGAAAUUGUUGAAGAAAAACCAAAGAAAAAAGAAGUUACACCACGAACUAAAAAGGUAAAAGAAAUAAAACCAAAAGUUGAGGAAACAGUUACCAAAGAAGUGGUGAUAACAGAAGAAAUAGUCACUGAAAAAAUUGAACCAACUAAAAUUGAAGACGUAGAACAAACAACUCUUGAAAUCACAAUUGACGAACAAAAGAAAGAAAAGCCAACAAGAAAAACACGAACACAAGUUGAUAUUACAAUGAUCGAUAAAGAAAAAAAGAUUGCACCUAGAUUCAUUCAAAAAUUACAACCUGUAAUUGUUGAAGUUGACAAGCCGGCGAAGUUCAUUUGCACUGUCAUUGGAACACCCUUCCCACAGAUUGCCUGGUAUCGAAAUGAACAAGAGCUUCAUGCCAGUGAAAAGUACGAGAUGAACGUUGUGGAAACCACUGCAACAUUGGAAGUGAAGAACGUCAAAGAAGAAGACGUUGGCAUGUAUACAUGCAGGGCUUCAAAUCCUGCUGGAGUUGCUACGUCAACUGUCAAUCUUGUUAUAUUUGAAAAAGAAGAAGAAGGCAUUGCUCCACAUUUUGUAUCACCAAUAAAACCGUUGAUGGUGGAGGAGCAUAGGCCAGCAGUUCUUGAAUGUGUCGUCACAGGCAAACCAACACCUGAAGUAAAAUGGUAUCGCGGUGAAAAGGAAGUGAAACCAAAGAGAGGAAAACAGGAAAUCACUUUUAUACCAGAAACGGGAGAAAGUAAAUUAACGAUCCUUGAGCCUACAUCUGAUGACGAGACAAUUUAUCGAGUGAGAGCAAUCAAUAAAUUUGGCAAAGCUGAAUGUAGAGCUAAUCUUCUUGUAAGUAAUGCACCUAUUGUCACCAAACCUCAAAUACUUCGUGCUCCAAAAAUUACACGACCAUUGCCAGCAUUGGUUGCACAAAUUGGAAAACCAUUGACACUUGUUGCUGAAUUUGAGAGUACACCAAAGCCGGAAGUUAAAUGGUUCAAGAAUGGUGUUGAAAUUGUACCAUCAAAUGAGACAAAUGUCAAUAUUUAUGAAAAUACGGCUGAAUUGAUCAUCACCGAUACGAGAAAGAAAGAUACCGGAAAAUAUGAGAUAAGAGUUCAAAAUCCUGCUGGUGAAGCACGAAGUUCAGGAUCAGUUACUGUUAGGGAGAAGGAAGAUGAUACAGAAGCAGCGAAAGCACCACGAUUUAUUCAACCAAUACAACCACAAAUUGUUGCCGAAGGAGAAGUGGUGAUUAUGGAAACUGUCGUUGAAUCAUAUCCCGUUGCUUCAUUCCAAUGGUUCCAUGACAAUCGUCCUCUUCAGACUACACACGAGAUGAGAAUAGUCACAAAAGAGAAUCGAUCAGUUUUGUUGAUCAAGGAAAUUGUACCAGAAUUUGCAGGCACCUACACCUGUCGAGCGGAGAAUGUCGUUGGUUCCGUUACAUGUACAGCAACAAUAAAUCUUUUAGACAUUCCAUGGGAGGAGACAGUUGAACAAUCAUCGCCAACAUUUGUUAGAAGAUUAUCGCCAAUUCGUGUUAUGGAUGGUGAAAAUGUUAAUUUAACAUGUGUAAUUCAAGGAAAGCCAAUUCCAAAAGUCGAAUGGUAUCACGAUCAAAAACCAAUUCAGGAAGGAAAGCAAAUUACAAUUUUACAAGAUACCGAAGGUGUAUGUAGCUUGGCAAUCACUGAAGUAUUCCCCGAAGAUGCUGGUGAAUACACAUGUCGUGCUGUGAAUCCUGUUGGUGAAGCUAUUUGUUCAACGUCGUUAAUUGUCGAAGCUUACGAAUAUGUACCAGAUUCGGAAAUUGCAUCUUCAAUUGUAGCGACAUCACUUAUUACAGGACAAAGUGGAUCAGAGGAAGAUCUUUUGUCACCAAAGGAGGGACCUCUUUUUGAUACUGACACGGAGGAAUCUGCGCCAGAGAUAAUCAAGAAGCUUCCUCAGAUAAUUCCCACUAAAGAUGGAGAAUUAACCAGAUUGGAAGUGAAGGUAAAAGGAAAGCCAAAACCAGAGGGAAAAUGGUAUAAGCAAGGUAUAGAAAUAAUUCCUUCGCAAGAAUUUCAAAUCGAGGAAUUAGAAGAUGGAACGUCAGUUUUAACGAUUGCUGAAACAUAUCCAGAUGAUACUGGUGAAAUUGUUUUUGAAGCACACAACCCGCUGGGUGUAUCGACGACAACCACUUAUUUAUCAGUAGAAGGUAUCGUUGGGACAAAGCAAUAUCGAAAACCAUCAUGGGUGACACAUAUGGAAGAAAUGCAAGAGGCUCUUCGAGCCACGCAAUCUGUACCAAGUUUUAUUCAAGAGAUAACGGAUGUUUACGCACAAGAGGGUGAAAAAGUCACUUUAGAAUGUACAUACGCGGGAAAUCCAACACCAGAUGUCGUCUGGUACAAGGACGAUAAAUUAGUUAUAAAUACGGAUAAUGUGAAAAUUCAAUUAAGAGAUGAAGAAAAGAAAACGGCAUUAAUAAUAAAGAGGUCCACGGAAGAAGAUGAAGCAACAUAUGUCUGCAAAGCAACCAGUGAAAUUGGUCUAGCAACAACAAAAGCAAAAUUACGAGUUAAAACGGGUGGACCAAUAGCAUGGCAACCGGAUGAAGAUGAAGAAGAAGAAGUGGUAGAAACAGUUGUACAGAAAAUCCACAAGAAAAAGAAGCCAGAAGUGAAGAAAGCCAAAGAAACAAAAGAGAAAAUAAAAUCAGAACGAGUGAAAAUUGAUAAGAAAUCCAUUCAAAAAGAAAAGAUAAUACCACAAGAUGAAACAGAUGAGAGAAUGAUUGUCGAUAUUGAAGAAACUCAGGUUCUUGAGACCACCACAACUUUCGAUGACAAUUUCGAACAGCCGAAACAAGCGAAGAAAAUAGUACCAAUUCAAGAUUCAGUUAUCACUGAAGCAACAGCAUCACUGAAAAUGGUUGAUGAAAAAACAAAAAAGAUUCCUUCAAUGGUUGAAGAACGCGCAAAAAUAACAACGGAAAUAACUGAAACAAUAUCCGUAACUGAAGUUCAACCAGAAAUUCGUGAAUUAAAGAAGAAAAAGAAGAAACCAGAAAAAGUAAAAACAGAAGUAACAGUUGAGCAAAUAAUUAAGGAACAUGAGGAAAAUAUUGCACGUGAAGUUGAAGAAUUAAUGGAUGUUAUGAAUGCAACUGAAUUUGGACCAGGUGAAUCGCCACUUCGUGAAUUAGCGACAAUUGGCUUUUUGGUGCGCCAAGGUGUUUCUGUUAAUGAAAUUAAUGAAAGUCUUUAUCGAACUGACAAAUUUCCGGCACUACGUACGCCUGAUGCUCAAAAUGCAUUGGUCCAAUUGGUCGAGAGACAAGGACAUGGACCAUUAAUAACUGAAGUUCUCACUGAAGAAACAACAACUGAUGAGAGUAUUGUUGCUGCGACUGUUGGUUUUCGGGCAUUCAUGAAAAUGGUUGAUCUACAACAUGCGACUGUCGAAGAAGUGAUCACACACUUUGCUCCUGAUGAUUUUCGACCACGGGCUUGGGAAGUCACUGAAGCCAUUGAGGUGGAAAUCGAACAACAUGCAACAGAGAGAAUUGAAGUGAUCGAGGAAACAGAGAUACGCGUUAUGGAGAGAAGGGAGGACAGAAGAACGCUUCAGAAGCAAGAUGUUCGAGAAAUAAAAGAAUACGAGGACACUGAGCAAGUACACAAGACACAGCGCAAACGAAAAGACAUGAAAUCAUUGGAACAACCUCGUGAUAGGGAUGAGGGGGUUGAAAUAGUCCAAAUUGAAGAUGAGCGCGAAACGGAAAUCAUCGAAGAAGAUAUAAAGAAGGAGCAAGAGGAAACAAUGGAGGAAAUAAUAAUAGUCGAGAGGGACAAGAAAGGAAAAUUGAAACAGAAAAGAAAAAAAUCUAUCGAGGCUGAAAUUGAACAAGAGGAAGAGGAAAUUAUUCAGAAAACAAAAAAAGUAUUAAAACCAAAACGAUCUAAUAUAGGAGAGGAUGAAAUUGAAUUAGAAGAAAUUGAAGAAUUUCAAGUAAUUAGCGACAAUUCUGUAUCUUCAGUUGCUCUCAACAUUCCAUGUCAAUUAAAUGAAGUUGUACCACUCAAUCGAAUUACCGAGCAAGCACCAGGUAAACCUAAUGAUGAAAAAGCAAAAAUCACCCUAGACACUGUGAAUGCAUUAACUGAAGAAUAUUUACCAACUCACGAAAGUGAAAUUGAUCGUGUUCAAACACAACAACCGGAUAAACGAAAAGCAUCAAUUUCUAUUUUACCAAUGGAGCCGUAUUCAAUAACAGAAACAACGAUUCAAGGUGGAAUUAACGAAUUUCUUGAUACAUUUAAACCAACAACUUUUGCUGCAACAUCUGCAGUUGUUCCAUCAGAAAGUUUACUUGUAAGUGAAACUCUUCCAAGUGAAGCUAAACCAUCAGAUUUGAAAACUUCCACCUUCGAGGCAAGUGGACGUGCUGAAAUCACCAUGACCUUACAGGAAGCUACAACAAUCAGUGAAACCACAGUCAAUGAUAAAGAAGUUCCCAGUGAUGAUUUCAUAUCACCAAAUACUGUCAGGGCUGAGGAUACAUUUUUGCCACAGAUUGGACUCACCGUUUAUGAGGUUCAUGAAGGUCAAGUUGAAGAUAAAUUGGAACCUAUGAAAACUGUCACUAACAAACCUCGAGUCAACAUUACUCCAAUGGAGCCAGUUGUCAUUGAGGAAGUUCAUGCUCAAGAUAAACCUGGAAAAUACUAUCCUGAAUUGAUUGUUCCAACUGAAGUGGCAUCAACGACAAUAAUAUCUCAAAAACAACGAGUUACAGAAGAAAUGCAUGCUCCUGAAAAGGAAGGAACUUACGUUCCAGGACGAUUACCCGCUGGACAGACAGCCCUAAUAGAAGUAUCAUACGGUGGAGAAACUGCCAUAACUCACGUGCAACCAGUUCAAGAACGUGAGGGAAUCUUCUCACCAGACAGAAAAGCUGAUACUUUUGAAGCCCAACCGAAUGUUAAUCUAUUGGAGAGUAUAACAGUGUUGACUGUUGAUUCACAACAUCAAGAAUCUGCACUUACUGUCGAGGAAAGCAAGAAGGUAAUCGCUGAUUUGAACGUAGUUGAAGUAUCAUCAAUCGUGACCACUGAGACUGUAGCCACUGAAAAAGAACAUCACUAUCAGCCUGAUGAUCAACCACUCUCUAAAUCAGCAGACACUGUGAUUCUACCACUUGAAAUUGGAUCAGUUUCCAGUACAAUGGUUCAAGAAUCAGAAGGUGAAUAUGUCGAAGGAGUGAAACCAACUGCAGCUCUAGCUGAAGCAACCUACAGACCUGAAGAGUCUCUGAAGGUGUUGGAGGUCCAAACAGCUGACUAUCCAUCAGACUUCAGUGACGAUCUAAAAUUCGUCACCGAAAGUGGAACAGUCAAUGUUCACACCACUGAAGCUAAGGAAAUUCGCGAAAUACUCGUUCACGAUCAGGAGAAUCAAAUGGAAGAUGUACAAAGACCAGAGGAACGAAUUGUUGAUACAAUUUAUGAUGCUAUCAAAGGUAUCGAAGUAUUUCAAACCACAUCAGUUGAAAAGGAGGGUGAUCUUCGAAUUUACGAGAUGCCGGAAAGUCAUCGUGGCAAAACGGUACCAACACAUCCAGUGGUAUCACUUCAAGUGGAGGAAGUCACUUCUCAGGACAAUGUGGCUCAAAUUCCAAAAGACGUUCCACUGACAGUCACGGCAAAAAUUGAACGUGAUGAUUUACGUGAGACUAUUGUUGGAGAGAUAAUUACAGCUGAGGGUCUAGCACCAGUGAAACAAGAUGUUGUACCAGAAAUGAAGAUUGCUGAUGUCGACAUUGACGAGAUGUCAAGUAUUCAUACGUCAGAGGUGAUUGUCUCUGAAAAGGAAACUGAAUACACAAGAAUCGUUGAAGAUAAACAAGUAUUUGCCAAUACGGAAUUUACAACUCAAGUUGCUGCUAUGCAUCAAGAAGUGAGAACAGAAUCACCAACUGGAGAGUAUGUUUCAAUUGAUGUUACAAACAAGGUAAUUGCUCAGCCAUCGCACACUCUUUUGGAAAGUAUAUCAGUGGGUGUUCAUGAGCUGGCGGAAAAGGAAAACAUCUAUAAAGAAGAAAUUAAACCAAGUGCAAAGAUUGCUAACGUUGAACUCACCGAGACUCGACCUGGAGCUGUCACUAUGGAAAUUAUUGUCAGCGAUCGAGAAAAUGUUUAUUCUCCAGAGACUCGAGAUCUGACAGAUGUCACUGCUCAACCAUUUGUUGAUGCUCACACGAUAGCUAUUAAAUCGGAAACUAUCGCUGAACAGAAUGCUCAGGAUAUUAUUGCUGAAGUUCCACAAACAAAUAAAGCAUUCUCGCGCCAAGAAGCUAUGGAUGAAUUGAUUGUCACCGAAACUCAUAUUGCUGAAACUGAAAAACGAUGGGAUGAACAGAUCAAACCUUCUGAACACAGUGCUGAAGUGGAAGUCGAGUUUUCUGAGAAUCUUACCAUCAAUCAACUCAUCACAGUUCUGAAUAAGGAGGAAGAUUUUCAAUCGGCUGACACACCAGUUGAGCAGACUGUGAAAUUGAAUCUCACCUCAGGUCAUGAAGUUGCACAAACCCAAGAAACUGUACUUGCAAAUAGUACUGAAAGUUAUGAAGAGCAAAUACCUAAGGAAGAAGUGGCAAAACCGAAACAAAGUGGACUCGAAAUAGUUCAACAAACGGAAAUUACAGUUUCCGAGAUGGAAGCUCCAUUGCCAUUGGAUGUUGCACCAGAUGACAAAAAGGUAGACGUUACCUUUGCGGAAGGUGAAGCUGUGCAAACUAUUCUUACCCAGGCUGAAGAUAAAGAAGGCAUUUAUAAAAAAGAAGCGAAACCCAAGUCUGUUGAAGCAACAAUUGACUUUGAAGUACAAGGUGUUGCUUCCAAAUUUGAAAUUCAUAGUGAUUUAGGAGUUUCAGAUAUCGAAACAGAACUUCCACAGAGUGUAAAAUCUAAAAGUGAGAUCUUACCUUAUCAGACAGCUUUAGCAGAGGAGGUAUACACCCGUGAAAGUGAAGGACGUUUAAUUGAUGAUCAUCCUGCAGGUAGAACUGCAAAUCUUGAUUUCGAAAUCGGCGAAGGUGUUCAAGUCUCCGAUGUGGUUGCUCAAGAUAAAGAAGGCGUUCUACCUGAAACAGAAAAACCAUCAGUUAAAUCUGCUACUUUUGACAUUCCAGCUCAUACUGUUGCUGAAUCAAGUGAAAUUAUUGCAGAAAAUAAUGUUGGUGAAUUUUCAAAAGUUACAGUCGAAUCAGCUACAGCAACUGCAGAUCAUAUUACGUUCCACAGUCUCAUUACAUCAGAAACAGCGACAGGAGAUCUGGAGCAGUCGUUAGAGAACUUUGUGAAGCCUGAUGAAAAGAGGGUGGAUAUUGCUUUCGAAGAAGAUACAAGUCUAACGGUGACUGAAACAAUCACCUCUGACAAGGAGAAGGAGUACACUGGAAAAUUGGAAAUGAUUGAAGAACAAGCAACUGGUUCCUAUGAUGCACACAGAGUUGCUGAACGAACUGAGAUUAAUGCAGAAGCAUAUCCUGGUGAUUUCUCUGAAGAAACUCCAAAAUCAUUCACUGCUAAAGAAGAACGUCUUCCAUUUGAGAGUAUUGUACAAACAGAGGCAGUGAUUUCAGAAAAAGAGACAGAAUUCCAAGAGAAACCUUUAGUUAGUGGUAACACUGCCAGUAUAGGAAUUGGAGAUAACAUCGGUGUACCAAUUGUUACGGAAGUGAUCACUGAUGAUAAAGAAACUUCUUUGGCUGCUCUUGAAAAACCAAGUGAACGAUCAGCUACAGUAGAACUGGCAAGUCAUGUUAUUGCUGAAAAAAUGGAAAUCAACACUGAUUCAAGCAUAAGCAAUCUGGAAGAAUCAAAACCAUCAGUAGCUUCAGCAAUGCCAUCGCAAAUUCCCUUAGAAACUGUUGUACGGUCAGAGAUUGAAGUCACCGAAUCUGAAGGAAUCUAUAAAGGUGAUAAAAAAGCUUUGGAAGCUACAGCUGACGUUGGAAUCAUUGAGGAGAAAAGUGUUCAGGUACUGACAGUGACGUUGGAAGACAAAGAAGGUGAAUACAAACCUACAGAAUUACCUUCUGCAAAAACAGCCGAUAAAAAUUUGGUAGAAGGUCACGUUGUAGCUGAAGUUUCAGAAAAUAUUGUAGACAUCAGCACCAGUGAAUUGGAAAAACAAAAACUCGCUCCAAAACAGGAAGCACUGAGUACUAUUGUUACUGAACAUAGUUCAGUUGAAACUACUCAAAUAGAAUCUCAAGUCAAUAUUCCGGAGAAGAAGCAAAAAGAAAUUCCAUUCAGUCUUCAGACAGCAUCACCAGAACAAGACACUUUCGAAAGUAUAACCAUAACAGAGAACGUUGUUGAAGAAUCCGAGAAACCAUUCGAAGGAGUCUUUAAAGCUCCUUCACAAACUGUUGAUGUUAACAUACAAGAAGUCAAGUCUCUAGAAAUAAGUGAAACCUUGACUCAAGAUAAGGAAGAUACAUUCUUUACUUCCAAACUUGAUGAACAAAUUGGCAAACCUGAAUUUGAUUCUCUAUCGUCUGUGAUUGUAUCACAAACCGUAUGCAAUGAAUUGGAGAAUAUUCUCCCAAGUCCUGAAGUACCAACUCAGAGAACAGCACAAGCUGAUCUAUUUGGUAGAGAAGCAGCAGAAACUAUUCAAGUGCUACCUGUGAACAAUGCAGAAGAACUUCUGAAACCAAUUGCUCCAAAAGAAGAGAAAGGUAAACCAAGAGUUGAUGAAUUAUCAUCUCUCGUUAUUUCAGAAAUUAUGUCCAAUGAAUUAGAAGAAAUACUUCCCAGCAUGGAAAUUCCAACUCAAAAAACAGCCGAGACUCAAUUACUAGGAAGAGACAUUGCUGAAACUUCUCAAGUCCUUUCAAUAGCAAAUGUUGGUGAAUUCAUCAAACCAAAAUUACCAGACGAACAGAAGGGAAUACCUGGCCUUGAAGAACAUUCAUCACUCACGGUGUCGCAGAUUAUGUCCAAUGAAUCAGAAGAAUUCCUUCCCAGUCCAGAAGUACCAAGUACAAAGACAGCACAACCUAAUUUGACUGGACGAGAAAUAGCAGAAACCACUGAAGUCCUAACAGUAGCAGAUGUCGAGGAAUUGAUGAAAUCAAAAAUUCCUGACGAACAAAAAGGAAAACCACAGUUGGAUACGUUACCAUCAGCAAUAGUCACUGAAGUUCUAUCAAGCGAAGCUACAGAUGUUUUGCCUAGUGCCGAAGUUCCAUCAGAGAAGGUUGCAAAACCAGACAUCUUAGGUCGUGAAAUAGCCGAAACAACUGAAGUACAAACAGUGGCUAACGUUGAAGAAAUGAAAAAACCUGAAGCUCCUGAUGCUCAAACGAGUAAACCGGAAUACGAAGCAUUGACAACUUCAGUAGUUUCUCAAACAGAGUACCAUGAAUCUGAAGACACUCUUCCUGAGGCUCAGAAACCUAGCGGUAAAGUUGCUCAACCAGUGUUAUCGGGUCAAGAUAUCGCAGAGACCUUGGAAGUUCUAACAAUGUCCAACGUGGAAGAACUGCUAGAAACCAUAAAACCAGACGAACAAAAAGGAAUCCCUGAAUUAGAAGAAUUUAAGUCCAUCACAGUUUCACAAGUCAUUUCCAACGAAGUUGAAGAUGUUUUACCACAUGCUGAAGUUCCUUCAAUGAAGAAUGCAUUGUUUGAUUUACUCGGGAGGGAAGUAGCUGAAACAUCUGAAGUCCUAACAGUAGCAGAUGUUGAGGAAUUGAUAAAAUCAAAAAUUCCUGAUGAACAAAAAGGAAAAACACAGUUGGAUACAUUACCAUCAGCAAUAGUCACUGAAGUUCUAUCAAGCGAAGCUACAGAUGUUUUGCCUAGUGCCGAAGUUCCAUCAGAGAAAGUUGCAAAACCAGACAUCUUAGGUCGUGAAAUAGCCGAAACAACUGAAGUACAAACAGUAGCUAUCGUUGAAGAAAUGAAAAAACCCGAAAUUCCUGAAGAACAAAAAGGAAAAACAGAAUUUGAAGCUUUAACAACAUCUGUAAUUUCCCAAGCAGAAUUACACGAAGCUGAAGAUAAUCUUCCUGAAGCUGAAAAACCAACAACCAAGUUAGCUCAACCCAUUUUAACUGGUCACGACAUUGCAGAAACACUUGAAGUCCUUACAAUGUCGAAUGUGAAAGAAUUUUCCGAAGAAAUAAAACCAGAUGAACAGAAAGGAAUUCCAGAGUUAGAAGAGUUUAAAUCCAUAACAGUUUCUCAAGUAAUCUCCAAUGAAGUUGAAGAAGUUUUACAGAAAACCGAAAUACCUUCUAUGAAGACUGCUCUAUUAGAUUUAUUUGGAAGGGAAGUUGCAGAAACAUCUGAAGUUCUAACAGUAGCAGAUGUGGAAGAAUUCAUAAAAUUAAAAGUUCCUGAAGAGCAGACAGGCAAAACACAAUUGGAUACAUUACCAUCAGCAACAAUUACUGAAGUUCUAUCAAGUGAAGCUAUAGAAGUUUUGCCUAGUGCUGAAGUUCCAACGGAAAAGGUUGCUAAACCUGACAUCUUAGGUCGUGAAAUAGCCGAAACAACUGAAGUACAAACAGUAGCUAACGUUGAAGAAAUGAAAAAACCCGAAAUUCCUGAAGAACAAAAAGGAAAAACAGAAUUUGAAGCUUUAACAACAUCUGUAAUUUCCCAAGCACAAUUACACGAGGCUGAAGAUACUCUUCCUGAAGCUGAAAAACCUACAACUAAAUUAGCUCAACCCAGUUUAACUGGUCAUGACAUUGCAGAAACACUUGAAGUUCUUACCAUAUCUAAUGUGGAAGAACUUUCCGAGGAUGUAAAACCUGAGGAACAAAAGUUGAAGACCAGACAACCGGAAAUGAUUGGAAGAGAAAUAGCAGAAGUAUCUGAAGUCAUGACAAUAUCGAAUGCUGAGGAUCUUGCGAAACUCAAAAUUCCUGUUGAACAAAAAGGUGAAAUUCACAUUGAUACGAUGCUAUCUUUAACAGUAUCUCAAGUUGUUUCUGAUGAAGCUAAAGAUGUAUUACCAAGUCCCGAGAUUCCUACCACAUCCAAUGCUCAACCCAAUUUGUUUGGCAGAGAAGCAGCUCAAGUUUCAGAAGUUCUCACAGUCAGCAGUGCCAGUGAACUGGAAAAAUCAAUAAAACCAGAAGAACAGAAAGGUAAGACACAAUUGAAUGAACUAUCAUCAGUGACAGUAUCUCAAAUCAUUUCCAACGAAAUGGAAGAUACUUUACCAGAAGUGAGUAUUCCAACAAGCAAAGUUGCUGAAUCCAGUUUUCUUGGACGAGAAAUAGCAGAAACAACACAAAUUGUUGCACUUAAUGAAACUGAAGAAUUUUUGAGACCAAAGAUACCUGAUGAACAAAUUGGUGUAUCUAAACUAGAUGUUCUGUCACCAUUGAUUAUUUCUGAGUCCAUUUCCAAUGAACUUGGUGAACAAUUAUCAACAUCUGAACUUCCAACUAUGAAGAAUGCAGAACCAAUAAUGACUGGACGAGAAAUUGCAGAAACUUCUGAAAUAUCAACAGUUACAAGUGUCGGAGAGUUCGUUAAGCCUAUAGCGCCUGAAGAACAACAAGGAAUUCCUCAAUUGGAAGAAUUAUCAUCAAUCAUUGUUUCGCAAUCGGUAUCUCACGAGACGGAAGAAAUUCUGCUUAAAGAUGAGAAACCAUCCGAAAAAACAGCAAUUACAAAUUUGUUUGGUCGAGACAUUGCAGAAACUCUAGAGGUACAGACAGUUUCAACAGUCGAAGAAUUUAUGAAAUCUACUGGUCCUGAUGAACAAAAAAGCAAACCAGAACUAGAAGAAUUAUCAUCAUUGAUGGUAUCUCAAGUGAUAUCACACGAAGCUGAAGAGGUUUUACCAAGUCCAGAAGUUCCUAGUACAAAACAAGCUCAACCUAAUUUAUUCGGUAGAGAAAUAGCACAAACUUCAGAAGUAAUAACAGCAUCAACUGUUGAAGAUCUUGAGAAAUCAAAGUUGCCAGAAGAACAGGUCGGCAGGACAACCUUGGAUGUUCUCUCAUCGUUGAUUAUUUCACAAACCGUUUCAAAUGAACGCGAAGAUUUGCUUCCCGGAUCCGAGAAACCAUCUGAAAAGAUUGCUCAACCUACUUUAGCAGGUCGAGAAAUUGCGGAAACAAGUGAAACAACAACAAUGUUAAGUGCUGAAGAUUUGAGUAGGGUUAAAUUUCCAAACGAAGAAAAAGGUUCUGCUGAAUGGGACGUUUUGUCUUCAGUUGCAAUUUCAGAGAUUGUACCACAAGAAGCUGAACAAGAUCUACCUCAUGCAACAAAACCAAAUGAAUUUACAGCUCUUCCUAAUUUAUUCGGUAGAGAAGCACCAGAAGUCAUGGAACAUUUAACAGUCACUUCUGCUGAAGAUUUUACCAAAAUUGAAUUACCUGAAGAACAGAGGAGUAAGAUGACACUGGAUGCUCUAUCAUCAUUGACAGUUUCGCAAGUUGUAAUCACUGAGACUGAAGAAACAUUAAUCGAAGCUAAAAUCCCUAAUAAAAUGACAGCUCAACAGAAACUUAGCAGUAAAGAGGCAACUGAAGUUUUUCAAGUUCUUGCAGUAACACGUGCAGAUGAAUUUGCUGAUACUUUCUCACCAGAAACUCAAAGAGGAACUGGUGAAGUUGAAGAAAUGUCAUCUCUAAACGUAUCUCAAGUAAUUAUCAGUGAAUUGGAAGAAGACUUGAAAGCUCCUGAAGCUCCCAAUGAGAAAACAGCUUUCACAAAUAUUUCAGGAAGAGAAGUAGCUGAAACUUCAGAAAUACAAACUGUAAUCGAGGCUGAAGAAUUUGUCAAACCUAUAGCUCCUGUAGAACAACAAGGAAUUCAGAAUAUCAACGAACUAACAUCAUUGAUAAUUUCUCAAAACGUACCAACUGAAGCAGAAGAUAUUUUCUCAACUCCUUCUGCUCCCAGUGGGAAAAAUGCUCAACCGAAUCUUAUUGGAAUUGAUGUUGCUGAAACAAUACAAAUACAAACUUUAAUUAGCACUUCAGAUCUAUCAGAGGAUCAGCUUCCCGAAACACAAGCAGGCAAACCACAAAUAGAAGAGAUGUCUUCAAUUAUCAUUUCACAAACCUUGUCCAAUGAGAAUGAAGAAAAAUUGUUAUCUUCAGAGAAGCCUGAUGAAAAAAUGGCGCAAAUUAAUAUUACCGGUCUCGAAGCAGCGUCAAAAUUGGAAAUCGAGACCAUGACAACGACUAAUGAAUUUAUUAAACAGCAUAAGCCGGAAACUCAAUCUGGUACAACAGAAUUUGAAAAGAUGAAUUUCAUCUCCGUAUCCGAAACAAUUCUUAAUGAAUCGGAAACAAUUUUAACAACUGCUGAAAUUCCCAAAAGUCAGUCGGCAAUGCCAAAUGUGCCAAGUAUCGAAGCAGCACAAACAACGGAAAUUUUAUCACUUGCAAGUUUCGACAAAUUGAAAACCUCCGAACUUCCAGAAGUACAGAAAGGAAAAGUAAAUCUAGAAGAAAUGUCCUCAUUAACAAUAUCUGAGGUAAACUAUAAUGAAAAUGAAAAAACGCUUGCUCGAGAUGAAAUACCAUCAUCACAAACAGCACAAAUGAUUCUCCCUAGUCAAACAACAAUAGAAACAACGGAAACAAUUGCAGCAACAAGUACCAAGGAUCUGCCAGAAUCAGCGAAACCUGACUUUAAGCAAAUAUUGCCUGAACAUAUACCAUUUGAAAAUGUCCAACAAAUGCAAAACAUUGUUCAAGAAAGUGAAUCAACACUUACGAUCGAAAGAAAAUCCUCCAUUGCUAAAGCGGAAGUCAGUUUUCGAGUUUCCGAAAGUUUAGAAGUAACGCAAGUAACAGCUACAGAAAAAGAGUCAAAAGAAGUUAUCAAGGGAGUCGCUAAAGAAGGCAGUGCUCAACCCGAUGUUGUUGAUCGUACAGUUGCAAUAAAAACAGAAGUUUUACCUGGAGACAUUGCUUCAGAAUUUCAACCAGAAAAACCAACCUCCAAAACAGCCAGCGAAACAAAAGAUAUCAAGCAUAGUAUAAUUGUCACAGAUUUAGGUUCUACUGAUGAACGUGAGUUAGAUCUUUUGCAAACUUUGAAGUCAUCUUCUAAAACAGCCUAUAUUACUAUAGAAGAUGAACACAUGGAACAUAUAGAAGAAACCACAGAAGCACGAGUUGAACAACAAACUUUAUUAACACAACACACUAAAAAACACGUACACCCAGAAACAUUUAAACAAGAAAGCACCGAUUCUGAUACAGAGGUAACUCAAGAAUAUACUACAACAUUCAGGCGAGGAAGUAAAGAAGGACAAAAUGACGCAAUAAAAACGAGAAAAACAAUAAUCAGAAAAAAGAGACCAGAAACAGGAAGCGAAGACAAAGCAGUAGUCAUAGAAGAAGAAAUUGAAAACAUAAAAUCCCAAUUACCAACAAUACCAAAGAAACAAUUUAUGCCCAUUGAAGAAGUUACAGACACAACUAAUAUUGAAGAAAUUAAACCGACUAUAGUUGAAGAAGUUGAAGAAAAAGCCAUAACAAAACAAAAACAUAAACCUAUUCCAACAGAAAAAGAAACAAUUAGAGAACAAGUAACUGUUACUGAGGAAGUUACCAAACAAGGCAAACCUCGCAAAGUAACAAAGAGGAAAGUCAUCAGACGCAAGGGUAAGAAGCAACAAGUAACAGAAACAGUCACUGUUGAAGAGGAAGGCAAGGCACCUGUAACAAAAGUCAUUGAGAAACCGGAAGAGGAAGUUCUAACUGAAGAGAUCAUUGAAGAUAUGCCUGUCGAAGAGUUUGUUACUCCAUCAGAAGUGGAAUCAGUGAGAGAACAGUAUACUGUUACUGAGGAAGUUACCAAACAAGGCAAACCUCGCAAAGUAACAAAGAAGAAAGUCAUCAGACGAAAGGGUAAAAAGCAACAAGUAACAGAAACAGUCACUAUUGAAGAGGAAGGCAAGGCACCUGUAACAAAAGUCAUUGAGAAACCGGAAGAGGAAGUUCUAACUGAAGAGAUCAUUGAAGAUAUGCCUAUCGAAGAGUUUGUUACUCCAUCAGAAGUGGAAUCAGUAAGAGAACAGGUUACUGUUACUGAGGAAGUUACCAAACAAGGCAAACCUCGCAAAGUAACAAAGAGGAAAGUCAUCAGACGCAAGGGUAAGAAGCAACAAGUAACAGAAACAGUCACUGUUGAAGAGGAAGGCAAGGCACCUGUAACUAAAGUCAUUGAGAAACCGGAAGAGGAAGUUCUAACUGAUGAAAUCAUUGAAGAUAUGCCUGUCGAAGAGUUUGUUACUCCAUCAGAAGUGGAAUCAGUAAGAGAACAGGUUACUGUUACUGAGGAAGUUACUAAACAAGGCAAACCUCGCAAAGUAACAAAAAAGAAAAUUAUUAGACGCAAGGGUAAGAAGCAACAAGUAACAGAAACAGUCACUGUUGAAGAGGAAGGCAAGGCACCUGUAACAAAAGUCAUUGAGAAACCGGAAGAGGAAGUUCUAACUGAAGAGAUCAUUGAAGAUAUGCCUGUCGAAGAGUUUGUUACUCCAUCAGAAGUGGAAUCAGUAAGAGAACAGGUUACUGUUACUGAGGAAGUUACUAAACAAGGCAAACCUCGCAAAGUAACAAAAAAGAAAAUUAUUAGACGCAAGGGUAAGAAGCAACAAGUAACAGAAACAGUCACUGUUGAAGAGGAAGGCAAGGCUCCAGUUACUGAGAUUAUUGAGAAACCAGAAGAGGAAGUUCUAACUGAUGAGAUCAUUGAAGACAUGCCUGUAGACAACUAUGUUACUCCAUCAGAAGUGGAAUCAGUAAGAGAACAGGUUACUGUUACUGAGGAAGUUACUAAACAAGGCAAACCUCGCAAAGUAACAAAAAAGAAAAUCAUCAGACGCAAGGGUAAGAAGCAACAAGUAACAGAAACAGUCACUGUUGAAGAGGAAGGCAAGGCACCUGUAACAAAAGUCAUUGAGAAACCGGAAGAGGAAGUUCUAACUGAAGAGAUCAUUGAAGAUAUGCCUAUCGAAGAGUUUGUUACUCCAUCAGAAGUGGAAUCAGUAAGAGAACAGGUUACUGUUACUGAGGAAGUUACCAAACAAGGCAAACCUCGCAAAGUAACAAAGAGGAAAGUCAUCAGACGCAAGGGUAAGAAGCAACAAGUAACAGAAACAGUCACUGUUGAAGAGGAAGGCAAGGCACCUGUAACUAAAGUCAUUGAGAAACCGGAAGAGGAAGUUCUAACUGAUGAAAUCAUUGAAGAUAUGCCUGUCGAAGAGUUUGUUACUCCAACAGAAGUGGAAUCAGUAAGAGAACAGGUUACUGUUACUGAGGAAGUUACUAAACAAGGCAAACCUCGCAAAGUAACAAAAAAGAAAAUUAUUAGACGCAAGGGUAAGAAGCAACAAGUAACAGAAACAGUCACUGUUGAAGAGGAAGGCAAGGCACCUGUAACAAAAGUCAUUGAGAAACCGGAAGAGGAAGUUCUAACUGAAGAGAUCAUUGAAGAUAUGCCUGUCGAAGAGUUUGUUACUCCAUCAGAAGUGGAAUCAGUGAGAGAACAGGUUACUGUUACUGAGCAACUUACUAAACAAGGCAAACCUCGCAAAGUAACAAAGAGGAAAGUCAUCAGACGCAAGGGUAAGAAGCAACAAGUAACAGAAACAGUCACUGUUGAAGAGGAAGGCAAGGCUCCAGUUACUGAGAUUAUUGAGAAACCAGAAGUGGAAGUUCUAACUGAUGAGAUCAUUGAAGACAUGCCUGUAGACAACUAUGUUACUCCAUCAGAAGUGGAAUCAGUAAGAGAACAGGUUACUGUUACUGAGGAAGUUACUAAACAAGGCAAACCUCGCAAAGUAACAAAGAAGAAAGUCAUCAGACGAAAGGGUAAAAAGCAACAAGUAACAGAAACAGUCACUGUUGAAGAGGAAGGCAAGGCACCUGUAACUAAAGUCAUUGAGAAACCGGAAGAGGAAGUUCUAACUGAUGAGAUCAUUGAGGAAAUGCCUGUAGACAAGUAUGUUACUCCAUCAGAAGUGGAAUCAGUAAGAGAACAGGUUACUGUUACUGAGGAAGUUACCAAACAAGGCAAACCUCGCAAAGUAACAAAGAGGAAAGUCAUCAGACGCAAGGGUAAGAAGCAACAAGUAACAGAAACAGUCACUGUUGAAGAGGAAGGAAAGGCUCCAGUUACUAAGAUUAUUGAGAAACCAGAAGAGGAAGUUCUAACUGAUGAGAUCAUUGAAGACAUGCCUGUAGACAAGUAUGUUACUCCAUCAGAAGUGGAAUCAGUAAGAGAACAGGUUACUGUUACUGAGGAAGUUACUAAACAAGGCAAACCUCGCAAAGUAACAAAGAAGAAAGUCAUCAGACGAAAGUGUAAAAAGCAACAAGUAACAGAAACAGUCACUAUUGAAGAGGAAGGCAAGGCACCUGUAACUAAAGUCAUUGAGAAACCGGAAGAGGAAGUUCUAACCGAUGAAAUCAUUGAAGAUAUGCCUGUCGAAGAGUUUGUUACUCCAUCAGAAGCGGAAUCAGUAAGACAACAGGUUACUGUUACUGAGGAAGUUACAAAACAAGGCAAACCUCGCAAAGUAACAAAGAAGAAAGUCAUCAGACGAAAGGGUAAAAAGCAACAAGUAACAGAAACAGUCACUAUUGAAGAGGAAGGCAAGGCACCUGUAACUAAAGUCAUUGAGAAACCGGAAGAGGAAGUUCUAACCGAUGAAAUCAUUGAAGAUAUGCCUGUCGAAGAGUUUGUUACUCCAUCAGAAGCGGAAUCAGUAAGAGAACAGGUUACUGUUACUGAGGAAGUUACAAAACAAGGCAAACCUCGCAAAGUAACAAAGAAGAAAGUCAUCAGACGAAAGGGUAAAAAGCAACAAGUAACAGAAACAGUCACUAUUGAAGAGGAAGGCAAGGCACCUGUAACUAAAGUCAUUGAGAAACCGGAAGAGGAAGUUCUAACCGAUGAAAUCAUUGAAGAUAUGCCUGUCGAAGAGUUUGUUACUCCAUCAGAAGCGGAAUCAGUAAGAGAACAGGUUACUGUUACUGAGGAAGUUACAAAACAAGGCAAACCUCGCAAAGUAACAAAAAAGAAAAUCAUCAGACGCAAGGGUAAGAAGCAACAAGUAACAGAAACAGUCACUGUUGAAGAGGAAGGCAAGGCACCUGUAACAAAAGUCAUUGAGAAACCGGAAGAGGAAGUUCUAACUGAAGAGAUCAUUGAAGAUAUGCCUGUCGAAGAGUUUGUUACUCCAUCAGAAGUGGAAUCAGUGAGAGAACAGGUUACUGUUACUGAGGAAGUAACCAAACAAGGCAAACCUCGCAAAGUAACAAAGAGGAAAGUCAUCAGACGCAAGGGUAAGAAGCAACAAGUAACAGAAACAGUCACUGUUGAAGAGGAAGGCAAGGCACCUGUAACUAAAGUCAUUGAGAAACCGGAAGAGGAAGUUCUAACUGAUGAAAUCAUUGAAGAUAUGCCUGUCGAAGAGUUUGUUACUCCAUCAGAAGUGGAAUCAGUAAGAGAACAGGUUACUGUUACUGAGGAAGUUACUAAACAAGGCAAACCUCGCAAAGUAACAAAGAAGAAGGUUAUCAGACGUAAGGGUAAAAAGCAACAAGUAACAGAAACAGUAACUAUUGAAGAGGAAGGCAAGGCACCUGUAACAAAAGUCAUAGAGAAACCGGAAGAGGAAGUUCUAACUGAUGAGAUCAUUGAAGGUAUGCCAGUCGAAGAGUUUGUUACUCCAUCAGAAGUGGAAUCAGUAAGAGAACAGGUUACUGUUACUGAGGAAGUUACAAAACAAGGCAAACCUCGCAAAGUAACAAAGAAGAAGGUUAUCAGACGUAAGGGUAAAAAGCAACAAGUAACAGAAACAGUCACUGUUGAAGAGGAAGGCAAGGCACCUGUAACUAAAGUCAUUGAGAAACCGGAAGAGGAAGUUCUAAUUCAUGAGAUCAUUGAAGAAAUGCCUGUAGACGAGUAUGUUACUCCAUCAGAAGUGGAAUCAGUAAGAGAACAGGUUACUGUUACUGAGGAAUAUGUUACUAAACAAGGCAAACCUCGCAAAGUAACAAAGAAGAAAGUCAUCAGACGUAAGGGUAAAAAGCAACAAGUAACAGAAACAGUCACUGUUGAAGAGGAAGGCAAGGCUCCAGUUACUGAGGUUAUUGAGAAACCGGAAGAGGAAGUUCUAACUCAUGAGAUCAUUGAAGAUAUGCCAGUCGAAGAGUUUGUUACUCCAUCAGAAGUGGAAUCAGUAAGAGAACAGGUUACUGUUACUGAGGAAGUUACAAAACAAGGCAAACCUCGCAAAGUAACAAAGAAGAAGGUUAUCAGACGUAAGGGUAAAAAGCAACAAGUAACAGAAACAGUCACUGUUGAAGAGGAAGGCAAGGCACCUGUAACUAAAGUCAUUGAGAAACCGGAAGAGGAAGUUCUAAUUGAUGAGAUCAUUGAAGAAAUGCCUGUAGACGAGUAUGUUACUCCAUCAGAAGUGGAAUCAGUGAGAGAACAAGUUACUGUUACUGAGGAAGUUACUAAACAAGGCAAACCUCGCAAAGUAACAAAGAAGAAAGUCAUCAGACGAAAGGGUAAAAAGCAACAAGUAACAGAAACAGUCACUGUUGAAGAAGAUGGCAAGGCACCUGUAACAAAAGUCAUAGAGAAACCAGAAGAGGAAGUUCUAACUGAUGAGAUCAUUGAAGACAUGCCUGUAGACAAGUAUGUUACUCCAUCAGAAGUGGAAUCAGUAAGAGAACAGGUUACUGUUACUGAGGAAGUUACUAAACAAGGCAAACCUCGCAAAGUAACAAAGAAGAAAGUCAUCAGACGCAAGGGUAAGAAGCAACAAGUAACAGAAACAGUCACUGUUGAAGAGGAAGGCAAGGCACCUGUAACAAAAGUCAUAGAGAAACCGGAAGAGGAAGUUCUAACUGAUGAGAUCAUUGAAGAAAUGCCUGUAGACGAGUAUGUUACUCCAUCAGAAGUGGAAUCAGUGAGAGAACAAGUUACUGUUACUGAGUAUGUUACUAAACAAGGCAAACCUCGCAAAGUAACAAAGAAGAAAGUCAUCAGACGUAAGGGUAAAAAGCAACAAGUAACAGAAACAGUCACUGUUGAAGAGGAAGGCAAGGCUCCAGUUACUGAGGUUAUUGAGAAACAAGAAGAGGAUGUUCUACCUGUUGAGAUCAUUGAAGAUAUGCCUGUAGACGAGUAUGUUACUCCAUCAGAAGUGGAAUCAGUGAGAGAACAAGUUACUGUUACUGAGGAUGUUACUAAACAAGGCAAACCUCGCAAAGUAACAAAGAAGAAAGUCAUCAGACGUAAGGGUAAAAAGCAACAAGUAACAGAAACAGUCACUGUUGAAGAGGAAGGCAAGGCACCUGUAACUAAAGUCAUUGAGAAACCGGAAGAGGAAGUUCUAACUGAUGAGAUCAUUGAGGAAAUGCCUGUAGACGAGUAUGUUACUCCAUCAGAAGUGGAAUCGGUGAGAGAACAGGUUACUGUUACUGAGGAAGUUACAAAACAAGGCAAACCUCGCAAAGUAACAAAGAAGAAGGUUAUCAGACGUAAGGGUAAAAAGCAACAAGUAACAGAAACAGUCACUGUUGAAGAGGAAGGCAAGGCACCUGUAACUAAAGUCAUUGAGAAACCGGAAGAGGAAGUUCUAACUGAUGAGAUCAUUGAAGAAAUGCCUGUAGACGAGUAUGUUAUUCCAUCAGAAGUGGAAUCAGUGAGAGAACAAGUUACUGUUACUGAGGAUGUUACUAAACAAGGCAAACCUCGCAAAGUAACAAAGAAGAAAGUCAUCAGACGUAAGGGUAAAAAGCAACAAGUAACAGAAACAGUCACUGUUGAAGAGGAAGGCAAGGCUCCAGUUACUGAGGUUAUUGAGAAACCGGAAGAGGAAGUUCUAACUGAUGAGAUCAUUGAAGAUAUGCCAGUCGAAGAAUUUGUUACUCCAUCAGAAGUGGAAUCAGUAAGAGAACAGGUUACUGUUACUGAGGAAGUUACUAAACAAGGCAAACCUCGCAAAGUAACAAAAAAGAAAAUCAUCAGACGCAAGGGUAAGAAGCAACAAGUAACAGAAACAGUCACUGUUGAAGAGGAAGGCAAGGCACCUGUAACUAAAGUCAUUGAGAAACCGGAACAGGAAGUUCUAACUGAUGAGAUCAUUGAGGAAAUGCCUGUAGACGAGUAUGUUACUCCAUCAGAAGUGGAAUCGGUGAGAGAACAGGUUACUGUUACUGAGGAAGUUACAAAACAAGGCAAACCUCGCAAAGUAACAAAGAAGAAGGUUAUCAGACGUAAGGGUAAAAAGCAACAAGUAACAGAAACAGUCACUGUUGAAGAGGAAGGCAAGGCACCUGUAACUAAAGUCAUUGAGAAUCCGGAAGAGGAAGUUCUAAUUGAUGAGAUCAUUGAAGAUAUGCCUGUCGAUGAGUUUGUUACUCCAUCAGAAGUGGAAUCAGUGAGAGAACACGUUACUGUUACUGAGGAUGUUACUAAACAAGGCAAACCUCGCAAAGUAACAAAGAAAAAAGUCAUCAGACGUAAGGGUAAAAAGCAACAAGUAACAGAAACAGUCACUGUUGAAGAGGAAGGCAAGGCUCCAGUUACUGAGGUUAUUGAGAAACCAGAAGAGGAUGUUCUACCUGAUGAGAUCAUUGAAGAUAUGCCUGUAGACGAGUAUGUUACUCCAUCAGAAGUGGAAUCAGUGAGAGAACAGGUUACUGUUACUGAGGAAGUUACUAAACAAGGCAAACCUCGCAAAGUAACAAAGAAGAAAGUCAUCAGACGUAAGGGUAAAAAGCAACAAGUAACGGAAACAGUCACUGUUGAAGAGGAAGGCAAGGCUCCAGUUACUGAGGUCAUUGAGAAACCAGAAGAGGAAAUUCCUACUGCUCCUAAAAAGAUUCGAAAAAAGCGUGUUACUAAACAUCGUGAAGAAAAGAAAAUUGUAAAGAAAAAGAAGAAACCAACAAAGAAGGCACAAAUAACAGAUGACAAAAUUCCCGAAGAGACAAUUCAGGAAAUUGUCAUCGAGAAGCCAAUAAAAAAGAAAGCUAAACCAAAAGUAGAGAAACUCGAUGUAGCAAAAAUAACAGAAAUUGAUGUCAAAAAACUACCUGACUUGAUUAAGAAAGAAAUUGUAACUGAAGAAGAAGAAGUAAUCGAAAUUAUUCAAACUCCAGAAAAGAAGAUAGUGAAGAAAAAGAAGAAGCCAACAAAGAAAGGUGAAAAAACAGAGGUAACUGAAGAGAUCACAGAAACGCCAAUUGAAGAUGUCAUCAUCAUGGAGGAACAGGAAAUAGUCGAAAUUGUUGAAACACCAACAAAGAAAAUCGUUCGAAAGAAGAAGGCACAAUUCUCAGAAGAUAAUAUUCCAGAAGAAUCGAUUGAAGAAAUUAUCAUUGAUAAGCCAUUGGAAAGGAAGGCGAAACCAAAAGUUGAAGAAUUAGUUACUGUCGAAAUUACAGAAGUUGAUGUUAAAAAGUUGCCUGAUCUAAUUAAGAAAGAAAUUGUAACGGAAGAAGAAGAAAUCAUAGAAGUAAUUGAAACACCAGAAAAGAAGAUUGUUAAAAAGAAGAAGAAACCAACAAAGAAGGGCGAAGAAACCAAGGUAAUUGAAGAAGUAACAGAAACACCUAUUGAAGAUAUCAUUGUGAUGGAGGAACAAGAAAUUGUGGAAAUAGUUGAAACACCGACAAAGAAGAUCAUUCGAAAGAAAAAAGCACGAAUUACAGACGAUAAAAUUCCCGAAGAGACAAUUCAGGAAAUUGUCAUCGAGAAGCCAAUAAAGAAGAAAGCUAAACCAAAAGUAGAGAAACUUGAUGUAGCAAAAAUAACAGAAAUAGAUGUCAAAAAGCUACCUGACUUGAUCGAGAAAGAAAUUGUGACUGAAGAAGAAGAAGUAAUUGAAGUGAUUCAAACUCCAGAAAAGAAGAUUGUAAAGAAAAAGAAGAAGCCAUCAAAGAAAGGCGAAAAACCAGAGGUGACUGAAGAGAUUACAGAAACACCAAUUGAAGAUGUCAUAAUUAUGGAGGAACAGGAAAUAGUCGAAAUUGUUGAAACACCAACAAAGAAAAUCAUCCGAAAAAAGAAGGCUCAAAUGACAGAUGACAAAGUUCCUGAAGAAACAAUCCAAGAGAUUGUUAUCGAGAAACCAAAGAAGAAGAAAGCCACACCUAAAUUGGAGGAAUUAGAUACGGCUCAAAUUAUGGAAGUUAAUAUCAAGGAAGUUCCAGAUUUAAUCAAAAAAGAAGAUGUAACAGAAGAUGAGGAGAUCAUUCAAGUGAUCGAGACACCUGAGAAACGAAUAGUAAAGAAGAAAAAGAAACCAACUAAAAAAGGAGAAGAUGAGAAGGUCAUUGAAGAAAUCAUGGAUACUCCAAUUGAAGAUACGAUUAAAAUGGUGGAACAGGAAAUUGUCGAAAUUAUCGAAACGCCCACAAAGAAAGUUGUUAAGAAAAAGAAGAAGGUUCUGCCAACUGAAGAUACUAUUUCCGAUGAAGUUAUUGAAGUAAUUGUAGUGGACAAACCAUCUGAAAAAAUUGCUCGUGCAUUUGUCGAUGAAAAUGAAGCCGUCGAAAUGUUUAUUCCAAAAGACAGUGUAAUAACUACGGAAAUAAUUCCAGAGCAAACAACUGAAGACAUGCUUCAGGAAGAUACGCAAAUUCAGGUGCCAUUAGAAACAACAACUGAUCAACCUGAGAAAGUAAAAAUAACAGGUAUUCUUGUUCAAGAUUCGAAAAAGCGAAAGGUGAAGAAGAAGGUUACCAUCGAGGAACGUCCACAAGAGAAGGAAAUCAGUCCAGAGAGACCAGAACAAAUACUAUCAGAUGAGAAACCAGAUGAAUCCAAAAAGGUUCCUGAAGAACAACCUUCAGAAAUGGUACCAGAAAAGAAGAUAACAAAAAAGAAAAAGAAGAAACCAUCUCCGAAAAAAAAUGAAAUUGAAGAAUGGAUUGAACCAGAAUAUGAAAGGCCCGUUCUCGAACCAAUACCAGAGAAAGUACCAUUUGUGCCAAGUAAAAAGAGGAAAGAAAAAUUAGAAGCACCUCAAAAAGCAGAGCAAAUGGUUCCAAUGGAAAUUGAAAGAAAAGAAAUCAAGCCCACAAAGUUGAUUUAUUCGAAGCCAACUGAAGUUGUACAUUUUGCAGAAAUUAAAUUAAAAAAGGUUUCAAUUCCAAAACGACGAGAAUCCAAGAGCAAGAUACCCCAGAUACGACUGAAGAGUCGUAUUACCUUCAUAGAUGAUUAUCCUCCAAAAAUUCAAUUACCGCAAAUAACAGUCUUGGAGGAAAAUCCAAUCCAAGCAGGAGAGCUUUCAAGAAAUGCAGAGGAAGCUUUAGAAGUUCUGAAAAAGAAAUACAAAAAACCAAAAUUACCAAAGAAACAGCUUACGGAUUUGGAAAAAUUAGAUCAGGAAUUUGAAGAAUUAAAGAAAGUUCCUUUGGAGCAGAUUGAAGAUAAAUCAAUUUAUGAACGUCAACCUAAGAAACCCAAGGAGGAGGAGAAACCAAAAGAGAAAAUAAAAAUAGGCAAAGGUAAAGUUCCAGAGAAGGAAGAAGAACAACCAGAAGAUGUAAAACUAAAGAAGAUUCCCGAGAAGGUACCUGAAGAAGAAGAGAUUACACCAAAGAAACCAAAACCAACAGAAACAACAGAAGACGUUCCUAAAAAGAAGAAAUCAGAAAAGAAGCCUAAACUUAAGCCGGAAGACUUCCAACCUACAGAUUUUGAGAGACCAGAACUUGAACAGUACGUUCCACCAGAAGAAGAAGUUCCACAGAAACCGGAAGAGGAGAAACCUACCAAACCCUACAAACGAACAAAGAAAGAAAAACCAGAACAAGAAAUAGAUCAAGUUCCGAUUGAAAAGGGAAUACCAAAGCCACAAGAACCGGAAGAACAACCCGAUGUUAAAUUCAGAAUUCCAGAAGCCAAAAAACCGGAAGAGAUUCCUGAAGAAAUUACUCUGAAACCUUGGAAAAAAGAUAAACCAGAGGAAGAAAAAUCGGCGGAAGCAACACCGGAGCUUAAGUUUAUUCCAGAGGACAAACAACCUGAAGAAGAAGUCGAUGAAGAAACGAAGAAACCUAAAACUAAAAAGAAGAUACCAAAAGAAAAGAAAGUCAAACCAAAAGGUGCUGAAGAAGAAAUACCCACUGAGAAAGAUGCCAUUGCUGAAGAGUUACAGGAAGUUGAAGAAGUGACUGAAGAUGUGAUUCUCACUAAACCAGUUAAAUCCAAAGGCAAAAAGAAGAUAAUUCCGAAGGAAAAUCUUGAGACAACUGAAGUUGUUCCAGAUGAAACUAUAGAUCAAUUACCAGAAGAGGAAGUACCGUCUGAGGAGCAAGCAAAACCGAUUGAAGAAGAAAAAGAAGAUAAAUUAGUUAUAACGGAAACACCAACAGAAAAGGCUCCGAAGAAAAAGAAGAAGAAAGUUCCAACAGAAGUACCAGAAGAUAUUGAGAAACCAACAGAAGUUACUUCUGAAGAAACUCCUGAAGAGAAAGUUACAGAGAUUGAUGAUUCAACAAAAGAAGAACAGGAAGUAACUGAUAUCCUAAUAGAAAAGGUUCCAAAGAAGAAAAAGAAGAAAAUUACUACUGAUAAAGUACCAACAACUGAAGAUGUUGAGAUACCUUCAGAAGUUGCUCCUGAAGAAUCAACAGAGGAGAAAGUUCCUGAUGUCUUACCUAUGGAUGAACAAGAAAAUACUGAAAAAGUUCCUGAAGACAAGCCGUCUGAUGAAGUUCCAGAAAAGAAAGUACCUAAAAAGAAGAAGAAAAAGACCGUUACAAAGAAAGAUGAUAUUUACGAUUGGGUUGAACCAGAAUAUGAGAGACCAGUCUUAGAAGCAAUGCCCGAGAAAAUUGAUUUUGUGCCUAGCAAAAAGAAGAAAGAAAGCAAACUUGUUCCUCAAACAGCAGAAAAGUUAACACCAACGAAAAUCGAGAGAAAGGAAAUUAAACCCACUAAACUAAUUUACUCACAACCUUCAGAAGUAGUUCAAUUUGCUGAAAUUAAACUAAAGAAAGCUCCAGCUCCAAAACGACGGGAGUCCAAGAGUGUGAAAGUUCCACAAAUAAGACUAAAAAGUCGCAUCACUCAUAUAGACGAUUAUCCAUCAAAACUUCAGUACCCAACAAUUACAAUUCUAGAAGAAAAUCCAAUCCAAGCAGGAGAGCUUUCAAGAAAUGCAGAAGAAGCUUUAGAAGUUCUGAAGAAGAAAUACAAAAAGCCAAAAUUACCAAAGAAACAGCUUACAGAUUUGGAAAAAUUAGAUCAGGAAUUUGAGGAAUUAAAGAAAGUUCCCCUGGAGCAGAUUGAAGAUAAAUCAAUUUAUGAACGUCAACCUAAGAAACCCAAGGAGGAGGAGAAACCUAAAGAGAAAAUAAAAAUAGGCAAAGGUAAAGUUCCAGAAAAGGAGGAAGAACAACCGGAAGAUAUACAACUAAAGAAGAUUCCCGAGAAGGUACCUGAAGAAGAAGAGAUAACACCAAAGAAACCGAAACCAACAGAAACAACAGAAGACGUUCCUAAAAAGAAGAAAUCAGAAAAGAAACCUAAACUUAAGCCGGAAGACUUCCAACCUACAGAUUUUGAGAGACCAGAACUUGAAAAGUACGUUCCACCAGAAGAAGAAGUUCCAGACAAACCGGAAGAAGAGAAACCUACUAAACCCUAUAAGCGACCAAAGAAGGAAAAACCAGAACAAGAAAUAGACCAAGUUCCAAUUGAAAAGGGAAUACCAAAGCCUCAAGAACCUGAAGAACAACCGGAUGUUAAAUUCAGAAUUCCAGAAGGCAAAAAACCAGAAGAGAUUCCUGAAGAAAUUACUCUGAAACCUUGGAAAAAAGAUAAGCCAGAGGAAGAAAAAUCGGCGGAAGCAACACCGGAGCUCAAGUUUAUUCCAGAGGACAAACAACCUGAAGAAGAAGUCGAUGAAGAAACGAAGAAACCUAAAACUAAAAAGAAGAUACCAAAAGAAAAGAAAGUCAAACCAAAAGGUGCUGAAGAAGAAAUACCCACUGAGAAAGAUGCCAUUACUGAAGAGAUACAAGAAGUUGAAGAAGUGACUGAAGACGUCGUUCUAACUAAACCAGAAAAAUCCAAAGGCAAAAAGAUGAUAAUUCCAAAGGAAAAUCUUGAGACAACUGAAGUUGUUCCAGGUGAAACUAUAGAUCAACUACCAGAGGAGGAAGUACCGUCUGAGGAGCAAGCAAAACCGAUUGAAGAAGAAAAAGAAGAUAAAUUGGUUAUAACGGAAACACCAACAGAAAAGGCUCCAAAGAAAAAGAAGAAGAAAGUACCAACAGAAGUACCUGAAAAUGUAAAACAAGAGGAUUUAAAUGAAGAACAAAUUACUCCCUCAGAAAUUGUUCCUAAAGAAAUACCAGAUGAAAAAAUUCCCGAAGAAGUAGUUGAACAAGAAAUUGUGCAAAUUCCGGAAGAACAACCUGUAGAGGAAGUGCCAGAGAAGAAGGAACCAAAGAAGAAGAAAAAGAAACCAGUUUCAAAGAAAGAUGAUAUUUACGAUUGGGUUGAACCAGAAUAUGAGAGGCCAGUCUUAGAAGCAAUGCCCGAGAAAAUUGAUUUUGUGCCCAGCAAAAAGAGGAAAGAAAGCAAACUUGUUCCUCAAACAGCAGAAAAGUUAAUACCAACGAAAAUCGAAAGAAAGGAAAUAAAACCUACAAAAUUAAUUUUCUCUCAACCUUCAGAAGUUGUUCAAUUCGCAGAAAUAAAAUUAAAGAAAGCUCCUGCACCGAAACGUCGUGAAUCCAAGAGUUCAAAAGUACCAAAAAUACUCCUAAAGAGUCGCAUUACAUUUAUCGAUGAUUACCCUUCGAAACUUCAGUUACCUAAAAUUACAAUUCUAGAAGAAAAUCCCAUUCAAGGUGGAGAGCUUUCAAGAAAUGCAGAGGAAGCUUUAGAAGUUCUAAAGAAGAAAUACAAAAAACCAAAAUUACCAAAGAAACAGCUUACGGAUUUGGAAAAAUUAGAUCAAGAAUUUGAGGAAUUAAAGAAAGUUCCCCUGGAGCAGAUUGAAGAUAAAUCAAUUUAUGAACGUCAACCUAAGAAACCCAAGGAGGAGGAGAAACCAAAAGAGAAAAUAAAAAUAGGCAAAGGUAAAGUUCCAGAGAAGGAGGAAGAACAACCAGAAGAUAUAAAACUAAAGAAGAUUCCCGAGAAGGUACCUGAAGAAGAAGAAACUACUCCAAAGAAACCAAAACCUUCAGUUCCUGAAGAAGAUAUUCCGAAAAAGAAGAAAUCCGAAAAGAAGCCAAAGAUUAAGCCAGAGGAUUUCCAGCCAACAGAUUUUGAGAGACCAGAACUUGAGAAGUAUGUUCCUCCAGAAGAAGAAAUCCCUGAGAAGCCAGAAGAAGAAAAAGUUCCACAACCUUAUGAGAAGCCUAUGAAACAAAAGCCUGAACAAGAAUUAGAUCAGGUUCCUAUUGUUAAGGGUAAACCUAAACCUCAGGAACCAGAAGAGUUACCCGAUGUUAAAUUUCGAAUUCCUGUUGGUAACAAACCAGAAGAAACUCCUGAUGAAAUUACUCUAAAGCCCUGGAAAAAAGAGCAGCCAGAAGAUGACAAAUCAACAGACGAAUCACCAGAACUCAAAUUCAAACCUGAGGAUAAACAGCUUGAUGAAGUUGUUGAAGAAGAUAUCAGCAAGCCGAAGUCAAAGAAGAAAGUUCCUAAAGAAAAGAAAGUUAAACCAAAAGAAAAAAUCGAAGAGGUUCUUCCUGUUGAAAAAGAAGAUGUACCGGUAUCUAAAGAACAACCUAAAGAAGUUCCAAGUACUGAUGAAGUUUCAAAGGUUGAUGAUGUUCCAAAACUAGAUGAAGUUCCAAAAUCAGAAGAAAUUCCAAAGCCUGAAGAAGUUCCAAAGAUUGAAGAUGUUCCUAAACCAUUAGAUGUGGAAGAAACUAAAACAACUGAAGAAAUAACAGAAACAAAAGUAAUUAAAAAGAAGAAAAAGAAGCCAGCACCUAAGAAAGAUGAUAUUUUAGACUGGGUUGAACCCGAAUAUGAAAGACCAGUCUUGGAGGCUAUGCCCGAGAAAAUUGCUUUUGUGCCUAGUAAAAAGAAAAAGAAAGAAGAUAAACCUGUUCCUCAAAUAUCAGAAAAGUUAAUACCAACGAAAAUCGAAAGAAAGGAAAUAAAACCUACAAAAUUAAUUUUCUCUCAACCUUCAGAUGUUGUUCAAUUUGCAGAAAUAAAAUUAAAGAAAGCUCCUGCACCAAAACGCCGUGAAUCCAAGAGUUCAAAAGUACCGAAAAUACUCCUAAAGAGUCGCAUUACAUUUAUUGAUGAUUACCCUUCAAAACUACAGUUACCUAAAAUUACAAUUCUGGAAGAAAAUCCUGUUCAAGCUGGUGAACUAUCAAGAAAUGCAGAGGAAGCUUUAGAAGUUUUAAGGAAAAAAUACAAGAAACCCAAAUUACCCAAGAAAGAGUUGACCGAUUUAGAGAAAUUGGAUCAAGAAUUUGAAGAAUUGAAAAAGGUUCCCUUGGAGCAAAUUGAAGAUAAAUCUAUUUACGAACGUCAGCCUAAGAAACCCAAAGAAGAAGAGAAACCAAAGGAGAAAAUAAAAGUAGGCAAAGGAAAAGUUCCUGAAAAAGAAGAAGAACAACCGCAAGAUGUAAAACUGAAGAAGAUUCCAGAAAAGAUGCCAGAAGAAGAAGAAACAACUCCAAAGAAACCAAAGCCCUCUGUUCCUGAGGAAGAUGUUCCUAAAAAGAAGAAAUCGGAAAAGAAGCCGAAACUUCAACCAGAAGACUUCCAACCUACCGAUUUUGAGAGUCCAGAACUUGAAAAAUAUGUCCCACCAGAAGAAGAAAUACCAGAGAAACCAGAAGAAGAGAAACCUUCUAAACCUUAUAAGCGGCCGAAGAAAGAAAAACCUGAGCAGGAAAUUGAGAAAGUUCCCAUUGAAAAAGGAAAACCAAAGCCUGAUGAACCAGAAGAGCAACCGGACGUCAAAUUCCGAAUUCCCACCUCGGAGAAACCGGAAGAACAACCGGACACUAUUACUCUUAAGGGAUGGAAGAAAGAUAAACCAGAAGAAGAAGGAACAGAUUUCUUCCCUAAAAAAUCGGAAGACAUAGUUGAAAAAGAAGUUGAGGAAACAGAGGAAGUGACAGUUACACGCAAACUUAAGAAAAAGAAACCUAAAGAUAAACCCAAAACUGAUGAAGUUACAGAAGAAGUAAUAAUUAAGAAACCCCAAGAAGAUGAGGAAGUAAUUGAAGAAAUAAUAGAAGAAGAAGUAACAGUAAAGAGGAAACCAAAGAAAGUCAAACCUGAAGAACAGACUGAAGAAGUGUUGGUUAAAAAACCACUUCCUGACGAAGAAAAACCAGAAGAAGUAACUGAAGAUGUAAAAUUGGAACUAAAACCCAAACCAAAACCAGCAGUAGAUGAAGCUCCGGAUGAAAUUACGAUUAAGAAACCAAUUGUUGAAGAAAAAGAAAUAAUAGAAGAAGAAAUUAUUGAAGAAGUCAAAAUAAAGAAGAAGCCAAAGAAAAAGAAGCCUGAGGAAGUUCCAGAGGAAGUCACUGAUGAAAUAACAAUCAAGAAACCUUUGCCAGAAAAGGAGGAAGAAAAGCCAGAAGAGGUCACGGAAGAUGUUAAAUUGGAAAUGAAACCCAAACCAAAACCAGUAAUAGAUGAAGCUCCUGAUGAAAUUACGAUUAAGAAACCAGUUGUAGAAGAGAAAGAAGUUAUAGAGGAGGAAGUUAUUGAGGAAGUUAAAAUAAAGAAAAAGCCAAAGAAAAAGAAGCCUGAGGAAGUUCCAGAGGAAAUCACUGAUGAAAUAACAAUAAAGAAACCUUCACCAGAAAAAGUGGAAGACAAACCAGAAGAAGUAACUGAAGAUGUAAAAUUAGAAAUGAAACCGAAACCCAAGCCUGUAGUUGAUGAAGCUGCAGAAGAAAUAACUAUCAAACAACCAGUUGUCGAGGAGAAAGAAGUUAUAGAGGAAGAAAUUGUUGAAGAAGUCAAAAUUAAAAAGAAACCAAAGAAGAAACCAGAAGAAGUUACCGAAGAAAUAUCUGAGGAGAUCACAGUCAAGAAACCUUUGCCAGAAAAAGUGGAAGAAAAGCCAGAAGAGGUUACUGAAGAUGUUAAAUUAGAAAUGAAACCCAAACCAAAACCAGUAAUAGAUGAAGCUCCUGAUGAAAUUACAAUUAAGAAACCAAUUGUCGAAGAAAAGGAAGUUAUAGAGGAGGAAGUUAUUGAGGAAGUUAAAAUAAAGAAAAAGAAAAAGAAGCCUGAGGAAGUUCCAGAUGAAGUCACUGAUGAAAUAACAAUAAAGAAACCUUCACCAGAAAAAGUGGAAGACAAACCAGAAGAAGUAACUGAAGAUGUUAAAUUAGAAUUGAAACCCAAAACUAAACCUGUUAUUGAUGAAGCGGCUGAAGAGAUUACAAUCAAAAAACCAAUUGUUGAAGAAAAGGAAGUAGUCGAAGAAGAAAUUGUUGAGGAAGUUAAAAUAAAGAAGAAACCGAAGAAGAAGCCUGAGGAAAAAACAGAAGAUGUUACUGAAGAAAUAAUUAUCAAGAAACCCUCUCCAGAAAAAGUGGAAGAAAAACCCGAAGAGGUUUCAGAAGAUGUUAAAUUAGAGUUGAAACCGAAACCCAAGCCUGUAAUUGAUGAAGCUGCAGAUGAAAUAACAGUUAAAAAGCCUGUAGUCGAAGAGAAAGAAGUUAUCGAAGAAACAGUGGUUGAAGAAGUUACAAUAAAAAAGAAGCCAAAGAAAACUAAACCCAAGGAAGUUACUGAAGAUAUAACUGAGGAAAUCACCUUCAAGAAACCUUCUCCUGACAAGGUAGAUGAAGACAAGCCAGAGGAAGUUUCUGAAGAAGUCAAGCUUAAGAAAAAACCGAAAAAGAAACCAGUAACUGAAGAAGCAGCUGAGGAGUUGACAAUUAAGAAACCCGUGAUUGAAGAGACAACUGAAGUAGUUGAAACAGUUGAAGAGGAAGUGAAGAUAAAGAAGAAACCAAAGAAACAGCCUGAAGAUAUAACCGAAGAAGUGACAAUUAAGAAACCAGUUCCAGAGAAAGAGGAAGAGAAGCAAGAGGAGGUUUCUGAAGAAAUUCAACUUAAGAAGAAACCAAAACCGAAACCUAUUGUUGAUGAAGCAGCUGAAGAAUUAACAAUCAAGAAACCUGUCGUUGAAGAAAAAACAGAAGAGGAAGUGGUAGAGGAAGUAACAUUAAAGAAAAAACCAAAGAAACCUAAACCUGAAGAGAAAACUGAAGAAGUCACUGAAGAAAUUACUUUCAAGAAGCCUAAGCCCGAAGAACAAAAAGAAGAGAAGCCAGAAGAAGUUUCUGAAGAAGUUAAACUCAAGAAGAAACCAAAACCAAAGCCGGUGAUUGAUGAAGCUGCUGAAGAGUUAACAAUCAAAAAACCUGUCGUUGAAGAAAAAACAGAAGAGGAAGUGGUAGAGGAAGUCACACUAAAGAAAAAGUCAAAGAAACCGAAACCAGAAGUGAAAACUGAAGAUGUCACUGAAGAAAUUACCUUCAAGAAGCCUAAGCCCGAAGAACAAAAAGAAGAGAAGCCAGAAGAAGUUUCUGAAGAAGUUAAGCUUAAGAAAAAACCGAAACCAAAAGUGGUGAUUGAUGAAGCAGCUGAAGAAUUAACAAUCAAGAAACCGGUUGUGGAAGAAAAAACAGAAGAGGAAGUGGUAGAGGAAGUAACAUUAAAGAAAAAGCCUAAGAAACCAAAACCAGAAGUGAAAACUGAAGAAGUCACUGAAGAAAUUACCUUCAAGAAGCCUAAGCCCGAAGAACAAAAAGAAGAGAAGCCAGAAGAAGUUACUGAAGAAGUUAAACUCAAGAAGAAACCAAAACCAAAGUCUACUGUUGAUGAAGCAGCUGAAGAAUUAACAAUCAAGAAACCUGUUGUUGAAGAAAAAACAGAAGAUGAAGUGGUAGAGGAAGUAACAUUAAAGAAAAAGCCUAAGAAACCGAAACCAGAAGUGAAAACUGAAGAUGUCACCGAAGAAAUUACCUUCAAGAAGCCUAAGCCCGAAGAACAAAAAGAAGAGAAGCCAGAAGAAGUUUCCGAAGAAGUUAAACUCAAGAAGAAACCAAAACCGAAGCCUACUGUUGAUGAAGCAGCUGAAGAAUUAACGAUUAAGAAAAUAGUUGAUGUCACUGAAGAACAAGAAACCGUUGGAGAGUUUACCUUUAAACGAAAACCACCACCUAAAACAGCUCCCAAACCAAUUGAAGAAAUUUAUGAAGACGUUACAAUUCGCAAACUUAGACCAAAGAAAAAACCACGUACCGACAUUAAAGAAGUUACCGAAACUGAAACUGUGACCUUUAGGCCACGAACAACAAAAACAAAAGAAGAUGUCGAACAGGAAUUCAAGAUCUCUUUAAAUACUUAUGAAGAAGAAGAUAUUUCCAUGUCUGGCAAAGUGCGACUUAAGCCAAAGAGACGUCCUCAAACUUAUUCAGAAGAAGCUGGCGAAGAGACAAUACGUAUUAUGCAAGAAUUGGAAGAUGAUUCAGGUCCAAUAAUUGAAGAAAUCAUCGAUGAAUCUGAUAAAGAUGAAUACAGUAUUGAUGAAUUGGAAACCGACGAGAUGAAUCUACCAUUGAGACGAAAGAAGAAAACUGAACCGAAACCCUAUUCAAUUGAAGAAAUAGAAGAAGAUGAUGUGAAAAUGACAUUGAAACGUGAGAGAAAAUAUUCAAUUGAAGAAGCUGAUGAAUCCUUAGCUUUGAAAUUGAAGUCCAAACGACGUCCUUCAACCUACGAUGAAGAAGAAGCUACACUCAGCAUUACCCGAGAGGAAGAUAUCGUGGAAGAAGAAGUCGAAUACGUAAUUCAAGAUGGUGACACGUUAUUUUCAAUUUGUUCAUACGUGGCAGAAACAGAUGAAGCUAUUAAUUUAGUUGAAGGAGAACGUGUUUAUUUAAUUGAACAUACAAACGCCGAUUGGUGGUUCGUCAAGAAGCACUUAACACAAGAAAAGGGUUGGGUACCAGCUCAAUAUUUGCUUGAUGAAGCUAAUUACACACUAUAUGUUCAAAGGAAAUUAAAUGAGAAGAUUGAUAAACUUCCAGUUUUUGAAAAACCAGCUCCAGGGGAAAAAGCUUCUGCUCCACGCUUCAUUGAGAAAUUACAACCAAUUCAUACACCCGAUGGCUAUACUGUUCAAUUUGAAUGUCAGGUAGAGGGUUCACCAAGACCUCAAAUUACCUGGUUCCGACAAACAGCAAUUAUCAAACCAUCUCAGGAUUUCCAAAUGUUCUACGAUGAAGAUAACGUUGCAACACUUAUAAUUAGAGAAGUUUUUCCUGAAGAUGCAGGAAUGUUUACAUGUGUUGCUAAAAAUACAGCUGGAUUUGCCUCAAGUACAACGGAAUUAAUUGUUGAAGCACCAUUAUCAGAUCAUGGUUCCGAUGGCACUGGACUUUCUAGAAAGAGUUUGUCAAGAGAAUCUUCACUUGCUGAUAUUCUAGAGGGAAUUCCACCUACAUUCUCAAGAAAACCCAAGGCCAAAUGCGUUGACGAAGGUCAAAAUGUGAUUCUUGAUUGUCGUUUGGUUGCAGUACCAGAACCGGAAAUAACAUGGUUUUAUGAAGAUAAACGAAUCACAAGCAAGGAGAAUACAGUGAUUGUUACUGAGAGUGACAUGCACAUGUAUUGCAGUGUUAUGAAGAUCACCAAAGUUCAAAAGAAUCAAGAAGGUCGCUAUAAAAUUGUCGCCAAAAAUAGAGAAGGUGAAGCAACCAUUGAAAUUCCAUUGAAGGUCAUGACCGGUGAACAAGAACCGCCGGAAAUUUUGGAACCAUUGAAGCCAUUUGCAAUUAGAGAAGGUGAAACUGUUGUUCUUACAACACAAAUUGUUGGUAAACCAACUCCAAAGAUCAAAUGGUUGAAAAAUGGAAAACCAUUGAAGGGUAUCACACCAAAACAAGAUGGUGAUGUGAAUACAUUAACUUUAAUUCAACCCACUUUAUCUGAUUCUGGUGAAUAUUCAGUGGUUGCAACCAAUGAUCUUGGAACUGCUGAAACACGCGCUAAUCUCACAGUUGAAGCUGCUGUUGUUCUUGAAGCUGCACUUGCUUUAGCUGUAGAAUUAGCAAAAGGUUACGCUCUGCCUGCACAACAAAAGGAAAUGCCGAGUGGUGCACCGGAACCACCAUUAUUCACUGAACGUUUCCAGGAGGUUACAGUUCCAGAAAAAGGAACCUUCAAAUUGGUGGCUAAAGUUACUGGAAAUCCAGUUCCUAUGGUGUCGUGGUUAAGAAACAAUAAACCAUUGGAGAAAUCGCCAAAUAUUACUGAAAGCUACGAUGGAGAGAAUAUUGCAUUGGAAAUAAAAAAUGCCGAUUCGGAAAUUGAUUCCGGUGAUUAUAAAUGUGUAGCUGUUAAUCCAGUUGGAAAAGCAUCACAUGGAGCAAAGGUGACUGUGGACGUGGAUAAAGUGACAUUCACAAAGAAAUUAGAAAAGAAGAUCACUGUUGUUGAAUAUAAACCACUGGAAUUGACAUGCGAAACAUCACAUACAGUUUCAACAACUUGGUGGCAUAAUGACAAAGAAAUCAGUGGUAUGGAUCAUCGUGAAAUAAUUCAAGAAGGACGUACACAUAGAUUAGUCAUCAAAAAAUCAAGUCCACCUGAUGAAGGAACAUACAAAUGCACUGUCAAGAAUCAAAAAACAACUUGUGAUGUCACUGUUAAAGCUACAAAACCCGAAUUUGUGAAAAAAUUACAAGAUUCAGAAGUCAAGGAACGUGAAGUUGCAAUAUUGGAAGUGGAAAUCACAUCACAAACUGCAGAUGUAUCCUGGCGUAAGGAUGGAGUUCCUCUAAAACCAACGGAAGAGAAAAUUGAAUUUUGCAAGGAAGGUACAGUUCGAAAAUUACUUAUCAGAAGUACAUCAGUCCAUGACGAGGGUGAAUACACUUGUGCUCUUGUUGAUGAUGAAUGUUCAGCAGAAGUCACUGUUGUUGAAUUACCACCGGAGAUUAUAAACAAAAUGCAAGAUGUUAGAAUAGCAAAGGGUGAGAAAGCAACAUUUGAAAUUGAACUUACAAAAGGUGAUGCUCUUGUUAAAUGGUUCAAGAAUGGUGAAGAACUCAAAUUCUCCGAACAUGUUCAACUCUCCAUUGAUGGCAAGAGGCAGAAACUUAAAAUAUACAAUUCCGAAUUAGAAGAUGCUGGUGUUUAUUCUUGUGAAGUUGGCAAACAAACCUCGUCAGCAAAAUUAAUUGUUGAAGAGCCACAAGUUGAUUUCAUCACAAGAUUGCCGGAUGUAACUUUGGUACCAUUGAACACUGAUGCUAUAUUCACGGUCAAACUUUCAAGACCAGAUGUUCCUGUACAGUGGUUCAAGAAAGGAAAAGAAAUUAAAGAAUCUCCAAAGUACAUUAUUGUUGAUGAAGGUCCAAUUAAGAAACUUAUUGUUAAGAAAUGUACAAUUGAAGAUGCAUACGAGUACAGCGUCGUUGCAAUGAAUGUGAAAUCAUCUUCAAAAUUAAAAGUCGAAAUAAUUGAAACGCCACCGAAAAUAAAUAUGGACUGUCCAAAAAUUUAUAAAGUGAAGAAAGGUGAAGAUGUGGAUAUUCAUGUAAAAUUCUCAGCAUCACCAAUGCCAACAGACGAGUGGACCGUUAACGAAAGAAUUGUAUCGAAAACAAAACGAAUCAUUCCCAAUAUACAAGAAGAAUCGGCAACAUUGACAAUCAAGAAAAUUGAAGAAAAAGAUAUUGGUGAUUACACAUUGAAACUUGUCAAUUCUCAUGGUGAAGCUCAAGUCAAUAUUAAAGUCGUCAUUGUCCAAGUACCAAGUCCACCUGGAAAACCAGAACCUUCUGAAGUUACUGAUGAUUCAGUGACACUUCAUUGGAAAGAACCGGAAUCAGAUGGAAAUUCACCGAUUAUAGAAUAUAUUUUGGAAUAUCAUGAUAGAGAAGAGAUUUCUUGGACGAAUAUUACGGAAAAGAUCACCGAAACAUCGCAGAAAGUAACGCAAUUAACGACUAAUAAAGAAUAUAUAUUCCGAGUAAAAGCAGUGAAUGAAGUGGGUCCAAGUGAAGCUUCACCAAAUUCAGAAUAUAUCAAAGUGACAAAACCAACGGCUUCUGAAUCGCCAACAAUAUUGGAACCACUGAAGAGUAUUGUCACUGGAUUAAAGAAAACAGUUUCCCUUUCCUGUGUCAUUGGUGGAACUCCAAUUCCACAAGUCUCAUGGUUCAAAGAUAGUAGUCCAUUUAAAAACAAAAAUAUCACGUAUGAAAAUCGCGUUGCCAAGUAUACCAUUGAAGAAACCACGGAGACAUCAUCAGCAACGUUUACUGUGAAGGCGGAAAAUGAAGCUGGAACAGCGGAAACAACUUGUGAAUUGAAGAUUCAAGAACCGCCGACAAUAACAGUUGAUGAGGCUCUUGUAACACAGAAGAUCAACGCCCAGGGUCAAUGGAAAAUUGAAGCUAUCUCAACAGGAUUCCCAAAACCAGAUAUCAAAUGGACGAGAAAUAAGAAAACAAUUGAAGAUAAACGAAUUUCAAUUUACACUGAUGAGACAUCGUCAACAAUUGCAAUUUAUUCAUUAAUAAGAGAAGAUUCUGGAACUUAUACAGUUAAAGCUGAAAAUAAAGCUGGAAGUGCUUGGGUUGAGAUCAAUUUAAAAGUUAUUGAUAAACCAGGAAAGCCUCAAGGACCAAUUGUCGUGAAACAAAUUCAACCGGAUCGAGUCAUGCUUGAUUGGAAACCACCGACAGACACAGGGGGACUUGAUCUUAAUAAUUACACGAUAGAAAAAUGUGAUCCAAAUAAAAAAGUUUGGAUGAAGGUUGCUGAUGUUGAUCCGGACACAACGAGUUUUUGCGUUGAGAAAUUGCAACCAGAAACGGAUUAUCUCUUUAGAAUUAUUGCGAGAAAUGAUGUUGGAUCAUCAGAACCUUUGGAAUCUGAACCUAUAAAAUUAACAUCUUCAUUAGAUAAACCUGGAGCACCAAGGGGACCGCUAGAAAUUUCUGGAAUGACAAAAACAUCAUUUACGAUAUCAUGGCAACCACCGGAAUACGAUGGAGGAACACCAAUUAUUGAAUAUAUUGUUGAUAUGAAAGAAACUUCAAAAACAACUUGGAAGAAGAUUGGCAAUUCGCGAGAAGGAAUCACACAUUUCAGUUUAUCUGAUUUAAAGACUGAUGUGAGUUACGAUUUUCGAAUAUCGGCUAAAAAUAAAAUUGGUACAGGACCACCGUAUAUAUCUGAAGAACCAAUUGUUGCUGGAAAACGUCUCAAAAUAACCAUGGUUAAUGAAAGAACAAUUUAUGCAUUGCUUGGCACUUUUCCCGCUGGUACUGCCGUAGUUUCUAAAACACCUCCAUCGUGUCCGCUUAAUGUAAGCGUGACAAACGUUACCAGUAGAAGUAUCACAUUAAAUUGGUCUCCACCGGCAAGCACAGGAGGUGUUGAUCUUACAGGCUACGUAAUAGAAAAACGACCAUUAACUGGAAAAGGUGCCAAAUGGACCAAAGUAGCAACAUUGGAUGCUGCAAAUAAUUCCUAUUGUGUGGAAAAUCUCAAAGAAAGUGAAUUUCUAUUUAGAAUAUUUGCUGAGAACAGUAUUGGUCUAAGUCCACCAGCUACAUCUGAACCAGUCACAUUACAAACUCAUGCAUCUGUUCCAUCACCACCAACGGCACCUUUGGAGAUAAGGCAAAUCGCUGGAAAUACAAUUGCUAUUGAAUGGGGUCGACCUGAAUCUGAUGGUGGAGCACCAUUGGAAGCCUAUAAAAUUGCAAUUAGAGAUGUUAAGAAGACAAUGUGGAUGGAAGUUGGCCGCGUUAAGGCUGACAUUCAAAAACUUACAAUCAGAGAUCUUCAAGAAAAACAUGAAUAUCUCUUUAGAAUUUUUGCAAAGAACGAAGUCGGUUUCAGUGAGCCACUGGAAUCCGAUGAACCAAUCAAAAUUGUUCCUGCUACUGAAUUAACUGUGAUUGAACCAGUGGCCGAAGCUCCAGAUCGAGGAGAAACAACAUCUUUAAGUUUCAGCACAGAGAAUACAAGUUCCUGGCUCCGCGAUCAUAAUAUGGACGCGGAUAUUCAUUCUUAUGCGAGAGCGAGGCUGUUGAGAAAGGACGAGUAUUUCUUCAAAAUUUGGCAUUAUGCCAAAAAACUUUUUGAAUAAGCAUUUUUAUCAAUUUAUUUAUUUAUUUAUUUAUUGAUGACAUCAACACACGUUCUUUCUCAUUCUUAAUUUUUAUUUCUUAUUAGAAAUACAACAAUGAGACUAAUAAAAUAUUGUGAAAUCAAAUGAUUUUACAAUUGUCCUUUAUUCCUUUUUAUAGAAAUCAAUAUUAUAAAUUAUAAUAUGUAUAAUGACUAGAUCCAUAUUAAAUAUUAAAUGAUAGCAUGUAUGUGGGGUGCAUUUUCUCUUGUACCAUUGAGUGUAAAAUCUAGUCAAGCGCAAAAAAUUUAUCAUUAUUUAUUUAUAUUUUGUCAUGAAUGGACCAAAAAUGAAAUAAAAAAAAAAUUCUUUCGAUGAAUUUUUGAAUCAUAAAAAAAAAUGAAUCAAUGUGAAAGAGAAGUCGCAAGAAUACUAAUUGAGACGUUUGUUUCUUUAAAGAAAAUAAUUUAUUUAAAGAGAUAUAAAUAUAUUUAUGUAUAAAAAAAAGAUAUCUUGAAAGAGACGGAGUUCGGUGCGACUAUUUCCGAAUUGCUUUUUUUUAUGUGAAAUGAAAUAUAAUUAUUGUAUAAAUAGUUGGAGAAAAUGUAGAAUUUAAUGAUUAUAUUAAAUGCAAGGAAAAAUGUGAUAGCCGAACGUCCGUCAAAGAAAGUUUGUUAAUAUAUAUAUUAGAGAAGAUAUUUAAAACCCCGGUCCUGUAUUUAUAUAUUGCUUGACAGAAAGAAUACGAGAUUAUUAUUCUGUUACAUUAUUAACGAUAUCGUUAUCUCAGUUUUAAUUAAUUUUAAUUUAAUCAUAUAUUUUAAUUUAUUUCCUUCAAAUAUAUAAUUUAAUUAUGAUUACUGAAAUUCAAAAUCUCUACAUAAAGAAAAAAAAAAAAAAAUGUCACACAACGUUGGUUAUACCUCGAGACGUAAAAAUAUAGGUGCAAAUUAACAUCAUCCAUUCACCAACAUUGUGUCACAAACUCAUUUCUUUAAUGUAACAAUUUAUUAAUAAUAAGAAAAAUUAAAUUAUUACAAAUGAA